CCCUUCCCAAGUCCUCUUUCAUUAUGGUGGAAAUAAAGGGGUGGGUCUUUAGUACAUCACCUGAGUUGUGGGGUAAAUGUAGAGAGUGUCAAUCACAAGCACAGCUCAGAGCUGGGAAGGAGCUAGAGAUGGCGGCUGUGCCUUAGAGAGCGCACUCAGCUCGCUGUUUGCUUCCUGCACUUCAACUUUAUGCAACUUUGCUAGAUCCCCUGGGGGGAGCCCAUUACGGAUACAUUGCCUAUGAUUCUCGGGUGAUAGUAGGGUACCCCUGGAUUUUGAGGAUAUUUUGUGCCGUUUCUCCGAUCUCCGGAGGAGAGAAGGAGCCGAGGAGUCUGCUCGUUGUUUUCCCAGCUCAUGGCGCACCUCCAUUUUUGAUCGCUCUGAUCAGCCCUUCCUCCCCUCUUCCCAAUCAGCCCUCCUAUCAUCCCUUAAGCAAUAACCCCUUUAAUAUCAAUUGAUAUUGCCUCCGAUCUUUACCUUUUACCUCGAAAUAAUUAUAUUUCGUUUUCACCGUUUUAACGUUCUCUUGGAAUACAGGGAUUCCAUUCCGGGUUCGAUCCAUGGACUGAUCAGGUGAGAUUACAAAUACUUAAAAAAAUAUAUAUGUAUUUUAAACAUUUUUGUUUUAAUUAUUUGCAGUUUUGUUUUGUUUUUUUCUCGUCGUCUUUGCCAUGUGAUGACGCCACAGUAAAUAAUGUGAUUUAAGAUUUCGACGAGGUGACACUAACAAACUUUCCACUGUUGGAUGGCCCAUCCGAUCCAUGUAUCCUGUGAUUUGGGGGGUUAAAAGUGCUUGUUUUUUACGUUUUAUUGGGGUUCUGCUUUGUCUUGCUUUGUUCUCAAUGUAAUCGCAGUGAUCGUACUGCCGGGAGACUCCUAUAUACGAACCAUGACUUUAGCUUCGGAGAUAUUACCUUUCUUUCAACUUUUGACAGCAAAUACCUGGGCAUACCACUUCAAAGGCCAGUCUGCCACCUGUCUCCAAUAUUAAAGGGAAUCAACAUGAUGAGAAAUAAAGAUAAAAACGUGGAAGACGAAGACGGAUCUCCCCACAGCAAUGCAUCGAGGUAUGAUUUGUAACUUUUUCUUGGUUAUUUUCCAGUCUUGAUACACUGUUUCAAUAACAUUGGUGCUACCAUUCUACUAUGGGAAUACUUUUAAUUUUUAAUAACUUCAUAGCAUUUAUUUCCAGUUCUGACCUUGAGAUUCCUCGAUUGCCACACCCUAUUUUUUUUACUGUAAUUUCCGAAAGUUGGAUGAAAAAACCGAAGGGCCCAUAUAGCAGGCAAAAUGUGCCUGUCACCCUUGGCAGUUACUGGCUCUCAGCAUUACCUGCUUUUAGCUUAAACUACAUACAUUUCAGUUGUUUUUUUUUAAAUUGUAUGAAGAAUGACCUUGUGGUUUUAGUAGCUACUGCAUUGCACCAUUUUCGUUAUAGGCAUAAUUUCUUGGGAUUCCUUAAGCUUUUUUUUAUUUCACAAACCUGGGCCAGAAAAAAGCCUCGAUGUAAAUUUAGAGCUAUUCGCUAACCUAAUAAGUUUAAUGGGUGUGGAGUGUAAACACUAUCAAGGUUCUGACAACUAAUCUCUCUAUUACUAAAUAUAGCUUGUGUUUAAGUUGUUUAUUGAAACUUAGCUGUAGUUAUAUUUAUUUUGUAAUUAUUUUGCUAAACUUGAUAUUUCGUGUUUUUAUUUUAGAGGCAUUUUUAUUCAAUAAUUUUUAUUUUGUGAUAUUGUAACAUACAUUUUCAGUUUUCAUAUUAAGGUUCACUUUUAAAGGACAUGUUAAACAUUUUAAAUAUGACCAUGCAAUAAAAUGUGUGUGUAAACACAAAUGCAGUGGAAUAUGCAUACAGUAAUAUUCUUGUGCAUGCAUUUUUAUUACACAUUACUUAUGCUAAAAAAUCUUUAUUUUAAAUAGUUUAAUAGUUUUACUUGCAUGUGAACGUUCUUGUAAAAAAAAAAAAAAAAAAGUUCCUGGGUGAGAUGUUUGUAUCUUUGAGGUUUUAUGUGAGUGUUAGUUGUUUGCAACAUUAUGGAAUUUUACACUUUUUUUUGUUUUUUUGCAUUCUCUUGAUUAGGCCUGAAUUGAACUCUGUAUUCCUUUUGUCAUACUUGCUUAUUAAAUAAUAUCUUGAUAUAGUCUUUCUGUGGGUGCAUGCUCUUAACUAUAUUUUGUUGUUUUUAAAUGUAGUCAGUAUUUGAAAAUAAGUAAAACAAAGCUAGUUUAAAGUGACACAUGGUGUGGUUCAUGUGGUAGGUUUUUGGAGCUGUAUAUUUUUACGAUUUGCUUCUCUUCCUUUCUUUGAAAGUAUCUCACACUAUUCUAAAGGUUCAUUUCCUGUUGCCUUGUGGCAGGCAAACCAUCUAUGACGUUCUGCAAAGACACUGAAUUAAAAUGGGGUAAACGUGUAUUUUAGUAUUUGUGUUUCACUUAGUACUAACAGAUGUAUGAAUAAUGUUUACAUGGGGGGAGGGGUACAGUUAGAAAAUUGCAUACGUAUUUGGAGUAGACUGCUCCUAGGAGCUUACCAUCUAAAUAUUGUUGUAUGGGACUUUUACAUUUUUAGAUAAAUCAGUAAGUUGCUGUGAAACGUGAUACCACAUUGUAUGUGUUAAAUAUCUCUCAAUACAGUGAUUAGAUGUAGAUAAAAUAAAUACCAUUUUAAAUUGGGUUACUCGAUAAACUGUAGCACUUUACCCAGCCUUGGAUUAAAGUGUUUUGAACUUUGCAGGCAUUGACCUGUCUUAUUUGUUGGGGGUGAUUUAGGGAUAAUUACAUGUCUUUGCUUAUAUCGUAUUAAACCUCAGUACAUGCAAGCUUAAAGUAUGUAAAGCCUCUUAUAUUCUUUAUAAAUAUAUCAGUAUGCACUGUUCACACAAGUGUAAUUUUGUUUGCUUUUUAUGUGUGUGUAGUUUAAUGAAUGAGGUUGCUUCCUUUAAAAUAGUAUAUAAUUGUAUUAUUAGAGUGAACAUUGAGAUAAUUUUAACCCUAUUAUUGCCUUUAGCUGUGCAACCUCUAUUCCCUCACAUAGAGCUUCUGUGGCAGCCAUUUUAUGAAAAAUGCUUCAAGUAAAUAGCAGCUGCUGCUGUUAAAUAUAUUUUUUUAUAUAGUUAAGGGGGAAAUGCAAGAAUUAUGAAGUCAACAUAGAACUCUGCUUAUAUUACAUUGAAUUAAUUGUACUCUUGGUUAUUAUACUUUGUAAAACCAUAAGAAAAAGCUUGACAUUCAAUGUGUUUAUGGGCUCUGUCUCGGUCACAAAAUGGCUUUCUCUUUGUGCUGCAAAAGCUAGCUGACAUUCUGUGAUACAGUGUGUUCUGAACACAGGCAGGAGGAGGAAGUUGCGUUCCAAAAGUUCAAAGGCCAUUUUGUGUUUGCUGUAGAUCUGAUUGGCCGUCAUCUCCCUUGGUAACAGGGGGAGUCAGCCUUGCUGGGAGAUCCAGCCCUCAUGUGAUGUCAGCUGGAGAAUAGAUUACAAGCCUCUCCUUCUUGGCAAUAAGCCACAGCUUGCUAAGCCAGCUGGAAACAGCCCUUCUGUUCCUUUUUAUUUCCUCUUUCUCUCUGUAGCUGCAACUGUGAGGGAGGAGGGGAGUGAUACUGAAGCUUUUACUUUUAGGGUGGCUGUGUGUAUAACAUUUUAUAUACAAAUCAGCCUUUGUGUUUCAAAACCCACAGAAAAUGAUUAUAAAGUAAUAUUUAACAGAAAAUCCUACAUUUCUAAUAUUUUCAACUAGAAACAAAAUCAAUUAAAUUAAGAAUUUUAAAGUUCUCUGACAUAUUUUAGUGGUGGUGUUUACAGAUCUUGACCUCCACUCCCCACGGAAACAUGUAUUCUUUUGUCAUUUUAAAACAACAAAUCAGAACUGGUUAUCUGGUGUUCAGUCUCAGUGCUGACAUCUUAAUUGUGCAAUUUGCCUUUCCUUUUUAUAAUACAAUUGCAUUCAAAUAAAGAUUCUUUACGGUUUGCCUCUUGUAUUUAAAUUGUGUCCGUCUAUGUGCAUAUCAUCUACCAAGAGCCAGUGCAGGGUGUGUUGGUAAUUUCAUGUUAAUUAGAUUUUGCAUUUGUAAAGCAACUGCAAUUUGUGUGAAAUAGUGACUUUGGGAGUAUAUUUGUUUGCCUAUGGGCAAAUCUUGACUAGGUUUGAAUGAACAAUCAUAAUUUCAUAUAUGUGCAUGCAUUUUAGUCAAUUUUGUUACAAGAUUGUGACCCUCCUGUUUUAAACCUUCAGCUGAAAACAUAUGUUAAUUACAGGUUUUAGAAUCUUUAGUAGAGGUGCUUAUGUGACAUAGUGGAAUAAAACUCCACUUUUCAAUCAGAUGGUCUCAGAGAUCCUAUUGGAAAGCAUUAGAUUGGCUGAGAAUCAAUCCUGAUUUCGGUCAAAUAGGUGGAGUUGCAAGGAAGAAAAAGUAAGUGAAACUAUCUUUAUAACCUUGGCAGCAGAAGCUCGGUCACCUAAACUGUGACUAAGGCACUAUAGUUGUUGGUAUUACACAUUUGUAUUCCUAACGCUCAUCCUUUAAUGUUAUCUGUGUGCAGGCUACUACUACUGGAAUCCCAUAGGCCACUGAAAGGAUUUUAUUAUUGCCAAUGGCCUUUUUAUACAAGUCUGUGUAUAUAUAUAUAUAUAUAUAUAUAUAUAUAUUUUUUUUUUUAAAAACUACUUUCUGAGAGGAUAUGACCUGCUAUAUAAAGCCUGAAAUAUUGCCACAAAAGAAAAUAAUUUUUCUGUUUAGAAUUCACACACAGUCAAUGUUUUUAGCAGUUUUUGAUACAUGUUAAUGCAAAUGAGUGGUUUACAGAAUAGGUUUUGUGCAUAUACACAAUGGAUACCAACAUUAUUUUUCUUCCACUCACACGUAUCACAUAAUAGAAAUUAAUCCACACAUUCCUCCCACUCUCCUGAAUGCUUUAAGCAAUUUGAUUUACCUGGUGAAUGCUGAUAAGGCCUGAUUAACUCCUUUUAAAUUAGUUUUUCUUUGUAAACAACCCUGCUUUUGAUUAUACCCAAGUAAUUGUGUUGAAUAAGGAAUGUUUAUGCAAAAAUUUUACUAACCUGUAACUAAAUAGUCUAAUUGUAAACUGUGCAAGUUUGUAACCAUGUUAUCAGGGCAAUACUGUUUGAAAAGUAAACAUUUAAAAAAAUAGGGUAUGCUGGGUUUCUGAGUUUAAUCUCAAUUUUGGAAUUUAGGUUGCACAAUUCACCAUGCUAUUCUCGAUACACAUAUAUGGCAGUACAUGAAAUUUGUAAAGUCUGAAUCAAAAUCCCUAUUUUACCAGAUUGGGAAAUGUAGGUAAGUGUACUGCACUUUUGUAGUGUAUGACAUGUCUGACCACUUUUCGGGUACAUUUUACAGAUUAUAACCCAAACAUGUAGUAAAAAGCAGUAAGUCACUUUAAAUUCAACAUAUGUAAAAGUCAGCAACCUAGAUCUACCACAUAUACCUAAUUUGCUGUGCGCCAAUCAUCUCCUCCUUUGGUACAGGGCUUCGCUCAUUAGCUGAGAGGGUUCAGCUAAUGCAGCAGGCGCUUACAGAUCCACAGGAGGCUUCAACCAUUAUUGGGGUUAACUGCUAAAAAAAAAUGGUUUAACCCUUGAAGAUAACAUGGUGUCUGACACUCCUGGUUCCUUUUUAGCCAUGGGACAGUACUUGUUUUUUGUGAUAUCAGUGGUCCUGUUGUACAACAAUAUACUGGUAGAUGAGCUAGUUAUACACAAAUAUUCUCAAAAAUUCAAAAAAAAAAAGUUUGUGAUACAAUAAUGGAAAAGUUCAAUUGACUUCCUGAACUUCUGUCAGUUAUUUGAUCAAUGUAAUUUAUUUUGUUUGCACACACAGAUUUCUAAGUACAGUUGCUGUAAUUUAGACACAUUACUGUGAACAUUAAAGGUACGCUAUAGUCACCAAACAACUUUAGCUUGAUGAAGCAGUUUUGGUGAGUAAAUCAUACCUCUUUAGUGUGUCUGCUCAAUUCACUGCCAUUUAGGAGUUAAAUCACUUUUGUUUCGGUUGAUGCAGCCCUCAUCACACCUCUGCAGGCUGUGACUCACACAGCCUGUAUGAAAACAAAAUUGCCUAAUUUCCAUUCAGUUGUAACUUUAAACAUUUUUAUGUACGGCUCUGUAAAUUAACCUUUAAUUACAUACAGGAGGCUCUUGCAGGGUCUAGCAAGUUAUUAACAGAGCAAGAAAUAACAGAUUCUAGAAUUUACAAUAAAGGAAGUUUAAAUAUUAGGUGACUUUUUACAGGAAGUGUUUAGGACAUCAGGCUGUAGUGGUUAUUUUUUUGUGUUUAAUCAAGCUUUUCUGAUUCCCAUUCAGAAGUGAUUUGGAUGGGGUUUUUUUUUUUUUUAAAUUUGUAUAGAACAUUUGUUGGAUGGAUUAUAUAUUCUAUGGAACACUUCGUUGAAAUUUUUUAUUUUUUUAAACAAUUUAGCAUAGCAUAUGUCCCCCCAAAAAUGCAUGCACCUUUUUCUGCAUUAUUUCUUUUGAUGUAUAUGAAAGCACAGCUUGCAAAAUCCUCAGGCUUGCUGUCUGCUGCUUUUGCAAGCCCUCUGCUCUUACACCAACAUACCUUUCAUUCUGUGUUAGGGAGUACACCAACCAAAAGCUUCUCAUUGCAAUGCCUCUGCGCUGGAUCUGAGAGUGAGAAGGGGGUUCAGGGGCCAUGCAAAGAUGAACCCUUCUCUCAUUUGCCCCACCAUUUUCAUGUCUGCAGCCAUCACUGGUGACGGCAGGAGGCAUUGACAUUCUAGACGGCGGUAGCUCUGCCCUGUGUUUAGAAGUGUCAGACGUAGAUAAUGUACAGAGACAGUAGUUCCUACUUUGUCUUGGUAUUGAAAUUUCAGUAAAAUGCCAACAGUCAAUAAGAGUGCUUCAUAAAGAUUCUGUUUUUAUAAAAUACAUAUUUUUAAGGAGGGGUGACAGUGCCACUUUAUUUAAAAUUAAAACUACUCAAAAUUGGUCAAAAAUUUUCCAUCCACACAAAAUAAGUUGGUCUGCAUCAUUUACGUACACAGACUAAAAUGUCUCUAUUAUAGUCCGUAAAAUGUUGGACAAAAACAAGAUAUAUCAUGUUAUAGGAACACUGUGUAGUCCCCCAAAAAACCUCUCCCUCUUAGAUUAUAGCCCCCCCUUCUUUAUUUUUUUUUUGUAAAAACUCAAUUUAAUCUUUAUACAUCUGUAAUCCAGUGCCAAGACCGCCUUUUCUCUGCAGCUCGAUCCUCCUCAACUGAUGUCAUUAGGCUUGCACACGGCAAUUGCUUUAAUCCGCCAAACAAAAGCUUUUCACAUCAGAGCUCUCUGUAUUGUACUGAGAGAACGUCCUUGUGCAAUGCGUGAGGAUGGUGGAACAUCAAGAAUAAAGUUUCACUUGGUUCUGGACGUAGAGGCACUAUCUAGUGGGUGACAGCCACUGUAUGUGUAUUUUGUCCUGCAAUUUGAAGGCAGCUGCGUGUCUCUAAAACAGCAAUAUUUUACAUUGCGGGACCAAAACGGCAGGGGCACUUCACCAGGAUUAAAUGAUUGGGAUGAAGUGAUCUAGGUGCUUGUAAUGUCCCUUCAAUUGCAUGAAAAACAUCUCAUACCAAUACUGGUCGUUUUUGAUCUAUCUGCUCACUAGCUUAUCAUUGCAGUGACAACACUGGGUAUAAAUAAUGGUGCGUUACAGAGUAACAUGCAGUGUACCAAUCAGAAUGGUAGUUGGCUGUAUAUAAUAUCAGACUGAAUGUUGAGAUUGGUGGGAGAAUUCGUAAACUUGUGAAGAGGGAAUUUACAUUGUGAUAAUAGUAAGCUGUUCAGAUAAUGAAUGGAUGGGUCAGUAGAAUAGAGCAAAGGAGUGAUAAGUGUAAGCAUUGUCUAUUUUUAGAAGUUUAAAAUAUGAUUCAACCACACUAAUAACAUUUUUGCAGUGAUCCGCAAAUAACAUUCGCCACCCUUAAUAUGUUGACUUGUUUGUAACAGUCUGUCUUUUUCACAAUGGUUUGCGGCAAGCAGUCCAUUCACUGACGUGUGUGUGUUUAUGUAGCGUUAUCACUCUUAAUUAGCAAUUUAGUUUUAAUUUUUCUUUGCACUUCUUGUCUACCAUUUCUUUGCACUUCUUGUCUAAAUUGUAUUCUUUUAUGAUGCUCAGCUGGAUUUAAAUGGUAAACACAAAUACUACAAGUUUUGGAAUCCUACCCGGAUUUGAAGAUGCAUGAUUGGAGAAAAAAAGAAAUUCAGGCAACGAACAUGUUCUGGAAAUAAAUUUUAUGUUUAUUUUGUCAGGUAUACUCCCUUCACUAUCACUGUAUUGAUCAACCGAAUAUGUAGUUUUUCUCAUGUGGUUGCAAUCAGAGGAAACAGUGCCAGGUGACCAAUCUGGUGUGGCCUUACAUUUUGUUCUGUCAUUGUGACAGUCCUUGCACGCGAAGCACUGCUUGGAUGUUUCAGAAGUACAGCAACCCCAAUUUCUAGACCAGCCAUCUACUAUAUCGUAAAAACACUAAUUUAAAUACCUAACACUAAACAUGUAAAAGACACUUUGACCUUUUUCUAUUAUUCCUUGCAUUCAUGACAGUCUAUUUUUGGCUUAGAAACAUAGAAUGUGACGGCAGAUAAGAACCAUUCGGCCCAUCUAGUCUGCCCAGUUUUCUAAAAACUUUCAUUAGUCCCUAGCCUUAUCUUAUAGUUAGGAUAGCCUUAUGCCUAUCCCAUGCAUGCUUAAACUCCUUUACUGUGUUAACCUCUACCACUUCAGCUGGAAGGCUAUUCCAUGCAUCCACUACCCUCUCAGUAAAGUAAUACUUCCUGAUAUUAUUUUUAAACCUUUGUCCCUCUAAUUUAAGACUAUGUCCUCUUGUUGUGGUAGUUUUUCUUCUUUUAAAUAUAGUCUCCUCCUUUACUGUGUUGAUUCCCUUUAUAUAUUUAAAUGUUUCUAUCAUAUCCCCCCUGUCUCGUCUUUCCUCCAAGCUAUAUACAUGUUAAGAUCCUUUAACCUUUCCUGGUAAGUUUUAUCCCGCAAUCCAUGAACCAGUUUAGUAGCCCUCCUCUGAACCCUUUCUAAGGUAUCAAUAUCCUUCUGAAGAUACGGUCUCCAGUACUGUGUACAAUACUCCAAGUGAGGUCUCACCAGUGUACUGUAUAAUGGCAUGAGCACUUCCCUCUUUCUACUGCUAAUACCUCUCCCUAUACAACCAAGCAUUCUGCUAGCAUUUCCUGCUGCUCUAUUACAUUGUCUGCCUACCUUUAAGUCAUCAGAAAUAAUCACCCCUAAAUCCCUUUCCUCAUAUGUUGAGGUUAGAACUCUAUCAAAUAUUCUGUACUCUGCCCUUGGGUUUUUACGUCCAAGAUGCAUUAUCUUGCACUUAUCCACAUUAAAUGUCAGUUGCCACAAUUCUGACCAUUUUUCUAGUUUACCUAAAUCAUUUGUCAUUUGGCUUAUCCCUCCUGGAACAUCAACCCUGUUACAUAUCUUAGUAUCAUCAGCAAAAAGACAUACCUUACCAUCAAGACCUUCUGCAAUAUCACUAAUAAAAAUAUUAAAGAGAAUGGGUCCAAGUACAGAUCCCUGAGGUACCCCACUGGUGACAAGUCCAAGCUUCGAAUAUAUUCCAUUAACUACAACCCUCUGUUGCCUGUCACUCAGCCACUGCCUUACCCAUUCAACAAUAUUGGAAUCCAAACUUAAAGAUUGCAGUUUAUUGAUAAGCCUUCUAUGUGCAACAGUGUCAAAAGCCUUACUGAAAUCUAGGUAAGCAAUGUCUACUGCACCACCCUGAUCUAUAAUUUUAGUUACCCAAUCAAAAAAAUCAAUAAGAUUAGUUUGGCAUGAUCUCCCUGAAGUAAACCCAUGUUGUCUCUGAUCUUGAAAUCCAUGUGUUUUUAGAUGUUCAUCAAUCCUAUCCUUUAACAUGGUUUCCAUCACUUUCCCCACUACUGAAGUAAGGCUUACUGGCCUAUAGUUGCCCGACUCCUCCCUAUUACCUUUCUUGUAAAUGGGCACAACAUUCGCUAACUUCCAAUCUUCUGGGACUACUCCUGUUAACAAUGAUUGGUUAAAUAAAUCUGUUAAUGGUUUUGCUAGUACACCACUAAGCUCUUUUAAUAGCUUUGGGUGUAUUCCAUCAGGUCCCAUUGACUUAUUUGUCUUUACUUUUGACAGUUGAAAUAGAACCUCUUCCUCUGUAAACUCACGUGUAAUAAAUGACUCAUUUAUCCUUUUUCUCAACUGAGGCUUGCCUCUGAAAGGUUACAGUUAAGAGCACCCAUACAUACCUGAUAUCCAUAGGGUAUGAUUAAAGAGAUACUAUAGACAUUAAUACAACUUUAGCAUAAUUAAGCAGUUUUGGUGUAUAGGCCAUGACCCUGCAGUGUCACUGAUAAAAUUUGGAGUUAAAUCACUUGUUGCUGUGACUGACACAGCCUACAUGGAAAAAAAAUAAUUUUUUUAUCAGAUGGCUGUUAACUUGCUUUAGAAGUUUUCAUAUCCUGCUAUGCAAAUUGAACUUAAAUCACACAAAGGAGGCUCCUACAGGGUCUAGUAGUAUUAACUGAGCAGGAGCUAAUAAAUUCUAAAUAAAACAGUAUGUGCAACAAAGAAAGUUAAAAGGGAUCCUAUAGUGCUAAUAAUGCAAAGUUGAAUUUCUAGCCCUAAAGUUCCCUUGUGCUUGUAAAACUUAAACAAUUCCACUGCCGAUGUCCCUUGGUGCUGGGUCGUCACUCUGCAUGCACCUCAAGUGUAUUAGACUCUCCCCAUAGGAAAGGGUUUACUCAAUGCUUUCCUAUGGGGAUUUUACUGACACUGGAUGUCCUCAUGCAGAGCGCAAGUCUAGCAUCAGGUGACCAAAGGUUGCCAAGCCACCAGGAAGCACCACUAGAGGCGGUCUUAGUACUGCAAUGUAAACAUUGCAGUUUUAUUAAAACUGCAGUGUUUUUACAUUGUAGGACUAAAUGUGACAGAGACACUGCACCCAUACCACUUCAAUGAGAUGGAGUGGUCUUAGUGACUGUAGUGUCCCUUUAAACAUUAGAUCUCUUUUUACAGAAAGUGUUUAGGAAGGCUGUGUAAGUCACAUGCAGGGAGGUGUACCAAGUGCUGCAUAAACAAAGUGAUUUAACUCCUAAAUGGCAAAGGAUUGAGCAGUGAGACUGGAGUGACGUGAUCAAUUACCAACACUGUCAUUAAGCUUAAGUUGUUUUGGUGCCUGUAAUCUCCCUUUAACCCCUUAAGGACACAGCUUCAGAAGCUUGACUUACGCUUAAUGACACAAGCAAUUUUUGCAUUUUCUUGCUGUUUGCGUUCAACUGCAAUUUGCAUCUCUCUCAUUUAUUGCACCGACACAUAUUAUAUACUGUUUUUAAAGGACAGAAAGGGCUUUAAUUUGAUAUAACAUAUAUAUAUAUAAAUGCUUACUUAUUAUAAAAAAAAUACAGAAAAAUGCAAAAAAAAUGAAAAAUAUUGUUUUUUUUUACAGUUUUUGCAAUAAUAAUGUGUGCAUAAUUAGUGCAGGUUAAGGAAAGUAAUUAAAAAUAAAUUUAUUUAUUUGUUCUGAUUUACAGAAUAUAUAAUGUGUCUGGGAUUUUAAGUUUUUUUUGGUAGUUACAGGUCACAAAGCACAAGGAGUAAAAUAAACUUUUAAUGUGGAGCGAUUUUAGAAUUUGGUAUGUUUGUCUUGUAAGCUUAAUAGCCAUAAAAGAAAACAAAAUUGCCACACAAAAGUAUAUAUUUAUAUAAAGUAGACAUCACGGGCUAUUUACCUAAGGUUGUUUUGACACUUUCUACGUAGCCAUUUCACCGCCAACCUCUGCUAAAUAUUGGAGUAAAAUUGUGUUCUUUUUGGUUUUUGGCACACAAACUUAUAACAGAGAAAUUCUCGUGUAUAUUUUGUAAAAUUGGUGUGUGCUAUUCCUGUACAAAGUUUUAUUUUGUGUUCAGUUACAUCUGCUGAGUAAAAUGACACCCCCAUUGUAUGUCUUUUGCACUAUUUCGUGAAGUUACAGUGCCAUACAGGAUACCUGUCCUUUUCAGUAUUCACAGUAGAAUUUUGAGAGAUGGAUUUAAUGAGCCUUAGCUUCCAUUUUGGGGUAUUAUAACAGUUUGACUGUUCAAAAAAAACCCACAAAGGCCUACCAUUUGUAAAAGUAGACACUCCAGGGUAUCUUAUAAGGUGCAUAUUGUGCCUUAACAUGCCCCCAUUUUUUCACCAAUAUAUGCCAAAGUAUGUGGUAAAAAAUAAUUUUGUGCAUUUUUUACAUACGGAUUGCAUUUUUGCUGGGCGUUUUGUAUAUUUCAUAUGUGCCACUAAGUUCAAACCCCCCAAAUUAUGCUCAGCUAAGUCUUCUGAGUAAAAUGACACCCCAUAUGAAUGUCUUUGGCACUAUUUCGUGAAGCUACAGUGCCAUAUAGGAGACCUGUCCUUUACAGUAUUCACAGUAGAAUUUUGAGAGAUGGAUUUAAUGAGCCUUAGCUUCCAUUUGGGGUAUUAUAACAGUUUGACUGUUCAAAAAACCCCCACAAAGGCCUACCAUUUGUAAAAGUAGACACUCCAGGGUAUCUUAUAAGGUGCAUAUUGUGCCUUAACAUGCCCCCAUUUUUUCACCAAUAUAUGCCAAAGUAUGUGGUAAAAAAUAAUUUUGUGCAUUUUUUACAUACGGAUUGCAUUUUUGCUGGGCGUUUUGUAUAUUUCAUAUGUGCCACUAAGUUCAAACCCCCCAAAUUAUGCUCAGCUAAGUCUUCUGAGUAAAAUGACACCCCAUAUGAAUGUCUUUGGCACUAUUUCAUGAAGCUACAGUGCCAUAUAGGAGACCAAGCCAUAUCCGUUUUUACCAAACUUUGAAUUUUGACGCUGGGCCUAUGUGCAAUUUCCAAGCAUCUUCGCAGGUUUUAAAUUCAAACUACCCCACAAAGGCCUACCAUUUCUUAAAGUAGACACCCCAGGGUGUUUCAAAAGGUAUAGUUUGAACCUUAGCGUGGGAUCAUUUUUCCGCUAGCUUGUACCAGAUGUAGUGGUAAUAAGCGUUUUUUCUGCCUUUUUGACAUACAAAGUGAGUUUGCACAGUAUAUUUUGCAAACCUUAUGUGUGCUACGACUGUAUAAUAGUUCAUAUGUUGCUCAGCUAUGUCGGCUGAGUACAGCAAUACCCCCGUAUGUACCUUUGCCAGGUAUGUGUGGACAUCGGAGGGGCACAUUUGGGACACAGCCAUUCCAGUUUUUUUCAAACUUUGAAGUUUUAUGCUGUGCCUAUGUCCCAUUUUAGAGUAUUUUACCAGGCUAUAUAAUCCAAAUUCCCCAUAAAGCCAUACCAUUUCUUAAAGAAGACAUCCCAGGGUAUUUCAAAAGGCAUAUUUUGAACCUUAGCGUGGGAUCAUUUUUCCGCUAGCUUGUACCAAGUGUAGUGGUAAUAAGCAUUUUUUCUGCCUUUUUGACAUACAAAGUGAGUUUGCGCAGCAUAUUUUGCAAACCUUAUGUGUGCUAUGACUGUAUAAUACUUCAUAUGUUGCUCAGCUAUGUCGGCUGAGUACAGCAAUACCCCCGUAUGUACCUUUGCCAGGUAUAUGUGGAUGUUGAAGGGGCGCAUUUGAGACGCAGCCAUUCAGUUUUUUUCUAACUUUGAAGUUUUACGCUGUGUCCAUGUUCCAAUUUGGAGUAGUUUAGACGGUUGGUUAUUGAAACUUCCCCACAAACACAUACUAUUUAUUAAAGAAUACACCCUGGGGUAAUUCAAAAGGCAUAUUUUGAACCUUGGCGUGGGAUAAUUUUUUCUCUAGUUUGCUCCAGGUGUAGUGGUAAUGAGCGUUUUUAAAAUGUAUUUUUUUACUUUUUAUAACUUUUUUACUUUUAAAAACUAGUUUUUAAACUUUUGUUUUGCUUAUAAAUUUUUUUUAAACUUUCCUAAACUUUCUUAAAACUUUUUUACAGAUUUAACAUUUUUCUAAGCUUUUUUUUUACCGUUAACCCCUAACUAGCAGUACGCAGCACUAACAGUAAAUUCCCCAUUUUCCCAUAACUCCCACCCACCCCAGCUAGCAAAAUAUAUAGUUAUAACAUAUUUAAAUUAAUUAAUUAAAUAAAUUGAACCCCUGAGGGUUAAAAAAAUAAAUAAAAGUUAAUCCUCAGGGGUUAAAAAAAAUUAGAUCACAGUAUAAUACUGUGAUCUCUAUUUGAUCGCUGUAGGCAGUGAUCGACUGGCAGGGAAGGGGUUAAUUUUUAUUUGGACUAGGUAAAGUGUGUUUUUUUUGUUUUUUUUACUUAAAUGUUAUUAAAACAUUUUUUUAAGCUUAAUUUUUAACUUUUUAAAGUUUCUUUUAAAACUUUUUUUAACGUUAACCCCUAGUUAGCCUAACGCCAGAUCCCCCAAUUCCCCACUAACUUCCACCCACCCCAGCUAUCUAAAUAUAUAACUAAAAAAUAAUUUAAUUAAUUAAUUUAACCCCUGAGGGUUAAAAAAAAAAAGAAUUAACCAUCAGGGGUUAAAAAAAAAAUCAGAUCAUAGUAAAAUGUAAUCCCUGCCAAUUGAUCACUGUAGUCAGUGAUCAAUUGGCAGGGAAGGGGUUAAUUUUUUAUUAAAAUGGGUAAGGGGGGGGGACUUUAAAUAAACUUUAUUUUUUUUUCCAGCAGGGGGCAGGAUCAGCACUGAUCCGGCUCCCUGCACUUCACACAGAACCCGGAAGUGCAGGGAGCCGGUAGGUGAGUAUACAGAGCACAUGUGCUCGCUCAGACUUGUGGUCAGAGCGAGCACAUGUGCUGGGCAGCUUGACCGGGUGCUCCCGGUAUGCCUCCAAUGCAGAGGCAUACCGGGAGCACCAUUAACCCCGCGAUCGCCGCGAUAGCGGCGAUCCGGGGUUAAUUUUACCGCGUGACGGACGAGGUCCGUCACCCGUCGUUAAGGGUCUCCCCUGUGUGACGGACCUCGUCCGUCACCCGUCCUGAAGGGGUUAAGUUUGAAGAAAAUAUUUAUGAAAACAAAUAUAAACCAUUUAGUUUUUUCACUGUUUAGCUUGUGAUUGAUCCACAUCUAGUUUAUCUCAAGAAAGAUAACUAAAAAUAGAUUACUAGUCCCCAUUGUUAAAGGACCACUAUAGGCACUCAGACCAAUGAAGUGGUCUGGGUGCCAGGUCACUCUAGUUUUAAUCCUGCAGCUGAGGGAUAAUCCAGCCUCAACUGGCUGUCUCAAAAAUCCAGCGUCAAAGACGCUGGACAUCCAUAAGAAAGCAUUGAGAAAUGCUUUCGUAUAGGCUAUUUGUGCGUGCGGCUCUUGCCGUGCAUGCGCAUUCUGAUCUGAUGUCCCAGCACAGAGAGAACCCUGCACUGGAGAACGGUAAGUGGCUGAAGGGGUUUUAUCCCCUUCAGCCCAGUGGGAGGGACCUAAUGACCCUAUAGUGUCAGGAAAAAGAGUUUGUUUUCCUGGCACUAUAGUGCUCCUUUAAAUGUGUCUAAUUACAGACAUACCAAUUUUAGUUUUCAAACUUCAAAUAUUUCCUAUUUUCCUAGUCUCAUUUCAUUUUUGAACUCCAUAAAAGCCACCAGCUGUACUUUUACCCAUAUUGGCAUACAGUUUGCAUAAGAAAAUAUCUUGAGCUAUCGCACAGCUUGUGAGAUAAUAAAUCCAUAUUGCUGGACUUCCUCAUUUGUGAUCGUGGCAUGUAUCCGGCACAGAGACUGUGUGCUACUAGACUGACAUCAACUGAAUGCUGUAAUAGCCUGUCAAUGAUCCCAUGCUUUGCGCAGGCUCUGGGAACCUAUUUCUGGAUGACUUUUGAGGAAAGGACAUAUGGUCAGAGCAAUGUUUGCCUUAGGCAGCCUUUGGGGGAAGGGUACUGAUGCGAGUCUGGUAAUAUCCAUGUCUCACAGUGAUUGGAGAGACCUGCAUUUUGAAGAAUAUUAAACAACUGCCAUAACCUGUAUGUUGACACUACUAAAAUGUUUGAUAUCCUAGUUCACAUAAAGCUUAAUCUAAAUUGUAACACCAUCAAAUAUAUAGCAGUGUAAUGCUAAACAAAUAUUCUAAAAUUAAGACUACAGGGGCAUGUUCCUAUACAUCAAAACCACUCCAUUGUGCUAUGGUUGUUUUGCUGCUUAGUAUCCUCUUACCAUCACAUUUCAUAAAAUUUUUAGGCUUAAGUGCUUUCGUGUUUGGGUAAAAAAAAAUAAUUGUAAAUAUAUAUAAAAAAUAUGCUGUCUUAUUAAGUUAUUCAAAAACAAAAAAGGUUAUGGUGGGGAAAAAAUUGGGAUCGAAAACCCCUUCCACCUGAAGUCCGUGGAUAGCUAAUACAAUGUUAAACAAAAAUCUGCACACCAGUCAAGCCAUAAGACUUGCUUUUCCCACAGAAAUCACAAAUUUGUAGUGAUGUUACUACCGCAAAGGAUUCUGGGCUGGCAUAUGCAAAUUAGUUUAACAAGAAUCAAAUUUUUGCCUCAUUCCAUUUUAAACAUGGAUUCCUUGGAGUCUGUGUUUGCUGUAUACAACAGCUUUAAAACACAACUUAAGAAAAGAUGCAAAGCCAGUUAUUCAAUACAUUUCAAACCUUUAGUAAAAAUCCGGAUAAAAAUAGCUGCUCUGGGGAGAGGAAAGGGGUUAAAUCUUACCUUUCAAUGAAACUAUGUUUAUAAAAAUAAAUAAAUGGGUUAACCCUAGCUGGACCUGGCACCCAGAUCACUUCAUUAAGCUGAAGUGGUCUGGGUGCCUAGAGUGGUCCUUUAAUGUUUCAUAAUUUUGAAUUUAUUUCACUUAAAUUUGGAUUAUAGUAAACAACACUGUAAGUGUUUUGAUGGGUUCCAGGCGGAAAAAAAAUAGAAUUUGUACUGCAAAUUGGUUAACUUUUUAAAGGGACACUAUUGUCACCAAAACAACUUUAUCUUAAUGAAGCAGUUUUAGUGUAUUGAGCAUGCCCACACAGUCUCACUUUUAAAGUGUCUGCCAUUUAGGAGUUAAAUCACUUUGUUUACACAGCCCUAGUCACGCCUGUCUGCAUGUGACUUGCACAGCCUUCCUAUCAAGUCAUCUAAUGUUUACACUUCAUUUAUUGCAAAUUCUGUUUUUAAUUUGAUUUUUUUUAUCUCCUGCUCUCUUAAUAGCUUGCUAGACCUUGCAAAAGCCUGCAUGUAUGUAGUUAAAGUUAAAUAUACAGAGCAGGAGAUACAAAUUUUAAAGUAAGUUACACCUGAUUUAAAAUUAAACCAUUUUGUUUUCAUGCAGCGUGUGUGAGUCACAGCCAGGGGAGGUGUGGUUAGGGCUGCAUAAACUGAAACAAAAGUGAUUUAAAGGACCACUAUAGUGCCAGGAAAACUUACUCAUUUUCCUGGCUCUAUAGGGUCCUGGGGUCCCCCUCACCCUCUGGGCCCCCCUCCCGCCGGGCUCUAGGGUGAGGAAGGGGUUAAAUUCCUACCUUUUUCCAGUGCCGGGCUUCCUCGGCGCUGGGGAAUCACCUCCUUCUUCUGCCGUCAUCGCACGCGCAUUCAGCCAGUCUCGAUGAUUUACUAUGGACGGCAGCGUCUUCUUACUGUGAAAAUCACAGUGAGAAGCGUGGAAGCGCCUCUAGCGGCUGUCAAUGAGAGAGCCGCUAGAGGCUGGAUUAACCCAUAGGUAACCCUAGAUGGACCUGGCACCCAGACCACUUCAUUAAGCUGAAGUGGCCUGGGUGCAUAUAGUGGUCCUUUAAUGGUUUGUAAUGUACUCUAGGCUAUCCAUUUUUCCAACCUGCUAAUUUAUUAAUCCACCAAACUGGGGAAAACCUCUGCAUAUUAGAUAUGUGCCACAUUACUUGCACAUAUCUCAACUACUCUAUUUACAGUCAGUAUCAAACUGCUUACAUUCUAAAGUGAUAAAUAUAAUGAAAGCUGUUCAAAGUAGGGUAUUUCACAGGUUACACAUAGAAUUCUUAUUCAUUAGUAUCUAUCAUUUUCAAUUAUACUACAUGUAGAAUAUGAAGAUGGGCAUACACAUUGCAAGAAAGAACAAACAAACAAUAUUAAAAUAAUGCCAUAGUAGGUAGGCUUGCAGCCAUGUUAGUGUGAGCCUCCAUUUUGUGAGUGAACUGCUGCAGCUGUUACAGAACAGAAGAUGGCUGCUGCCUGUUUCAUUUUUUUUUCUAACCAUGUCCAUAAUGAAUGGCUACUGCCCUCUGCUGUUUGUUCUUAAGAACAACAUUCAACAGAAAAGAUCUGACCAUUAUACAAUGUUGUUUUGUUGAUGGAUUUACAGCAUUAUAAGAUCGCCAACAACCUUUUACUGCUGAAACAUAAUAAACAUAAGUACAACUUAACAUGAAUUUGAAGUUGCAAAGAGUAGAGAAAAUAAAAUAAACAAAAUGAUUCUGUAACAUCCAUGACAUGCUGUCAGCCCAUGAAACUGGGGGAAAUUGCUUUAAAAAAAUAGAUGUGAGUAACCAACGAUUUUAGAUUGUUUUAACCAUUUUCAAAGGAUUAUUAGGUUUUAUUUAGCAUGAUUUUUGAGAUUUUAGCAAUACAUGCUCUCAUACAUCCUUUUGUGGACAUUUUGGAUUGUCCUUUAAACGAGUGUAUGUUUUAUGCCUCCGUUCUUUAAAAACAGGUUAAACCAAAUGAAAAUUGAGAAAAAUUUGCAUCCUAUGAAGAUGUCCAGAACAGACAGUAAUAUCUAUGCAUCCCAGGAGAUACUGCUAGUUCUGAUGUCAUAUUCUAAACAACAUAGCAUGUUAUGACAAGAGUAUCAUUUUUUUCAACUGUUGCCAUCAUUAGAUAAUUUGCUAACAAAAUGUUUGCAUGCAUGUGACCUGAUGUAUGUUUGUUUGUUUUGCAUUUUAUGGGAAUAUUUAUUUGCUUGAUAUUCCAGAUAUUGGGUUGUUGUGUAGCAUUCUACAGCACAGGGAUUAGAAGAAUUAAUAUACAUUCAGAAUCUGUGUAUGUUUUGCGUGUGUAUGGCCUGGACAUGACUUCACGUCUGUAAUUAAUUCAUUCACAACAACUUCCCUUUUCAAUACCUUGUCCCACUUUUACCACACCUCUAAAACUGCUCAUUCAAGAUCCAGUUUUGCAGAUUUAUUUUAGAAGACUGUCAGGACUUGCAUGUGCAUUGUUGCUUAACAUCUCAAAAAUAUAACUAUACACACACCCCUGACUAGUGUUAUUCAAGCAUAGGAGGUGGAGUCGUAAACAUGGAGUCUGUAAAAAAUGACCUGUAUUCACCAGAUAAGUCAACCCCCAAAAUAAUGUGCAGCAUUUGGACUCGUACACUCACGCUACAUCCUUUUUAAAAAUAUUUUUUAUUUAUUUUUUUGUAUAUAAAUGGGGAGCUUCUUAUUGGCUUAGCCUUAGAGAAUCAGCUGACCUCUCAAUCAGUGGCAGCCCUGCCCAAUGCUACCUGAGUCUUCCAUUAUCUAAAACAUCAGACUGCGGAAGAAAAGUGGGGUAAAGUGAUCAGGCGCUGAUACACAGACUUUGGGAUUAAACUGCUCGUGAACUGUUAAAAGCCUGCGUCCGGAACCUCCAAGCACCAUAACAACUUAAUUUCCAUGAAGGUUUUAUUUCGUUAUGGUGCCCAAACUAGUCCUUUUUAAAGGGACACCAUAGUCACCAGAACAAAUACAGCUUAUUGAAUUUGUUCUGGUGAGUAGAAUCAUUACCUUCAGGAUUUUUGCUGUAAACACUGUCUUUUCAGAGAAAAUGCAGUGUUUACAUUACAGCCUAGUGAUAACUUCACUGGCCACUCCUCAGGUGGCUGUUAGAGAUCCUUCCUGGGUCAUGGCUGCCUAAAAUGCAUCCAAACAUUCAGUAUCUCCUCCCUCUGCAUGCAGACACUGAACUUUCCUCAUAGAGAUUCAUUGAUUCAAUUCAUCUCUAUGAGGAGAUGCUGAUUGGCCAGGGCUGUGUUUGAAUCAUGCUGGCUCUGCCCCUGAUCUGCCUCCUGGUCAGUCUCAGCCAAUCCUAUGGGGAAGCACUGUGAUUGGAUCAGGCUACCACUUCUGAUGAUGUCAGCACGCUGCUUGUUUGGGUUUUUUUUUUUAGGCAAACCGCAUGCAGAGCUACAGCUUCAGGCUUGAAUACAGUAAGAUUUUGCUAUAUUGCUAUAAACAUGAGGGGCCGAGGGGAGCUAGAUGGUGGUUUUAACCCUAUCGGGUCAGGAAUACAUGUUUGUGUUCUUGACCCUAUAGUGAUCCUUUAAGUAGCUUUUCAAAAUGUAGUGCUAUUUCAGCCUAUGACUACCUUCUCUUUGUGUCAUAUAGCUAUAGCCUUGAUUUAAAGGGGCAUUCCAAACACCAAAACAACAUAUGUAACUGAAAAAACACCGCUUUAGGAAAGCUUACCAUCUUCUUGGGUGAUGCUACCCUUGACUCCAUAGUCCAGUUCACUCUCUCUCUUGCUAUUGUUUGGUUUUUCCCACACACACCACUUUUACUAGCUUAUUUCAAGACCGGAAUCAUGUCCAUCAAUUCCUACCACCUCUGACAUGCAGUUAUUUCUCUUGUGUGUCUUUACCCCUUACUGAUAGAUUGUAAGCAUGUUUGAGUAAGGCCUUCUUCACCUCUUGUUACUGUUAUAUUCCAUAUGUAAACUGUUUGUUAAAGGGAUACUCCAGGCACCAAAACAACUUCAUCACGCAUUACCGUCAAGAUGGCAAGCUUUCCUAAAGCGGUCUGUUUUCAGUUACAUAUGUUGUUUUGGUGUUUGGAAUGCUCCUUUAAGUCAAUGCUAUAGCUAUGUGACAAAAGGAGAGGGUAGUUAUAUAGGCUGAAUGGCACUGUGUUUUAAAAAAGCUACUUUAAAAGAACGUUUGGGCGCCAUAACCACUUCAUUGAGAGGAAAUUGUUUUGGUGCCUGGAGUGUCCAUUUAAAUAUUCCCAUUUCAUAAUUGUAAAGCACCGUGGAAUAUGUUAGCAAUGUAUAAAUGAGAAUAUAUUUCCCUUGCAUAGAUAAUAUUUCAAAUGUUCUUAUGAAUCCAGAAAUGCCAAUAUUGCAGCAGAUAUAAGCCCACGCUCUCUCACACGGCAAGCUGUGCUUUCCAUAGCCUUGGCAGUACUUGUAAAUAUUCACCCAUACAAGUUCCUACCUUCGCUAAGCUUUCAGCUUUUAUAUAAAGGAGCCAGCAACUUGGGUCCAUACAUGCACGUCUAUCGUGAAAAAAACAUGAAUGGAGUUGGUGCACUGCCUGUGAAUAUCAGUGUAUUUGCAUUUGUACAGUGUCAGUAUAUGUGUAUUACAGCCAAUCACACCCCACUCUUUACUUAAAAUGAAUUGUACUGGCACCCAGACCACUUAAAGCUGCAACUGAAAACAUAGCCAUUUUGAAUAACGCUUUAACUUCCACUUCUAUAGCGGAGUUAAAUUUGGUUAUAGCUCAAGUGACUCCUAGAGAGCAGUUGAUUGGCGCUGGUCUGUGUUUUGCUAUCCAAUGGGAUAGCAUUGGAUUGGCUGAGAUCAUCAAUCUUAAUGAUCUCUGCCAGGGAGGUGGAGCAGCAAUUUCGGAGACUAGCAGGAUGUAAAGUAAGUAAAGCUUACCUUUUAAUGCCUGUAAGGGGAGUGGACACCUACAUAGGUAGGGGAACACUAUAUCAUUAAGAAUACAUGUUUGUUCUCCUAACAAAAGUGCUCCUUUGAUUUCCCAUAUUACAAUGCCAAAUUUCCCCCAUUGAAGGUCCUUUUAAAUCCUGUGCCAUUUUGUCCACCUCCCCUUGCAUUCCAGCAUUCAUGCUAAAGUAUCUUCCAAUUUGAUUCCCAAGGUAUAACAUGUAUAUCUACAGCCUUCUCUCUCUAUUUACAUUAAAGGACCACUAUAGUGCCAGGAAAACAUACUCGUUUUCCUGGCACUAUAGUGCCCUGAGGGUGCCCCCACCCUCAGGGUCCCCCUCCCGCCCAGCUCUGGAAGGGGAAAAGGGGUUAAAACUUACCUUUUUCCAGCGCUAGGCGGAGAGCUCUCCUCCGAUCCUCCUCUUCUCCUCCCCGUCGGCUGAAUGCGCACGCGCGGCAAGAGCUGCGCGCGCAUUCAGCCGGUCACAUAGGAAAGCAUUCAUAAUGCUUUCCUAUGGACGCUGCGUGCUCUCACUGUGAAAAUCACAGUGAGAAGCACGCAAGCGCCUCUAGUGGCUGUCAAUGAGACAGCCACUAGAGGAUUAGGGGGAAGGCUUAACCCAUUCAUAAACAUAGCAGUUUCUCUGGAACUGCUAUGUUUAUGAAAAAAUGGGUUAACCCUAGCUGGACCUGGCACCCAGACCACUUCAUUAAGCUGAAGUGGUCUGGGUGCCUAGAGUGGUCCUUUAACAAAGUGCUCAGACAGCAUACAGGAUCCAGGCUGAUACAGUGACUGGGACUGCAAGUGAGAAUAUUUAUACAGUGCACUCACCAUUCUCUUCAGAGAGUAAGUGCACACACUAUUCACUGAAAUCCCCUUCUUUACUUGCAGUGACUGCCAAGUGCUCGGCUGGUAUUGCCAGUUGCAAAGGGGAAAAUAUCUAAAGGGCUCGUCCAUUGUUUGGCCUGUGGACACGUCUUUAAUCCCUAGAUGUGCAUUUUUCUUUGCUUGUGCAACAGCACCAUCCUCUCAUUGUUUGCCCUGCGUGAUUCCACAGGUUGCUCACCUCUAAGGCUAACCCUGGAUGAAGGUUGUAGUAAGGCGAUAGAAGUUGUGGCUGGCUCCUAUUGACCUGCACAUCAGUUUCAAUAAUGUCUAGUUAUGAAUUAAUUCACCAUACCUGAAUUACAUACAUUAUAAAACCCUAAAUACUCAGUUUUUCUAUUAAGUGUAAUGGAAGUUUGAAUUGUAUUGAUUGUGUUUUUUUUUUUUUUUAAAUCUAUGUCACGGCCUGGAAUGAUGCUUUUAAAGAAAAUAUAUAUAUUUUUUAAUUACAUCAUCUAUGUAAUGCAUUCAAAGUGGGUAUCAACUACAGCUUAUAUUGUGCAUUUAAUCAACACUUAUUAAUAUGCGGCAAAAUGUAGAAUAUGUUGUUGAAAAGGGUUUUUGCAUGUAGUAGGUGCGUGAUGUUAUUUUUCCUUAUCAAAGUGGAUUGUUUGGAAUGGCUCCUGUAGUGGAACAUGUAACUAAGGGUGGUGUCUAGUUCGGAAUCAAUGAGACCAUACAGAGAGCCCUGUAGGUAGACAAAUUUGUAGAAUUCCUGAAUCUGCACAAUGAUUUGUCUGGAUGUGAUGUCAAUACAGCAGGUAAACUGCAGAAAUUCAUUUUUAAAGACUGGUAUCAAAUGUAACAAUCUUAAAAUCCUGUCAUCCGUGGCAAUUUUAUUUUCUUACCUGUGUUCAAUAGUAAAUUGUUAAACUGUGAAAUGGUAUUCUAUAGUGAAAAUAUUUCUAUAUGUACCAAAAUACUUUAUAAGGACACUAUAGUCUCCAAAACAAUUUUAGCUUAAUGAAGCAAUUUAUGUGUAUAGAUCAUGCCCUAUCUAAUUCUCUGCCAUUUAGGAGUUAAAUUAAAACUCCUCAAUCUUACAUACGUACAAUCUAGAAUAUUAUAUUUAUUUAAAUAUCUUUCUUUCUCUCUUUCUUUUUCUUUUUUUUCUUCUUCAACCUUGGCUGCUAUCAUUUCUCGUAACACCAGUCACUCUGCAUCGGAGGAGUCUAAUCAUUCUGCCUCUGGAUCUGAGUCUGGCAGCCAAUCGGAAAGUGAGCAUGGCGAAUCGAACAGCGGCUCUGGAUCUUCGGAGAGUCAAUCUGAGUCAGAGUAUGAAUCAACAGGUUCCAAAACACAGCCGUCUGAAGCCAAAGAAAAGACACUACCCAAGAAGGAAAGACUAGCUGAUGUAAAGAAGGCAAGCACGUUGUAUAGGAAUAGUCAUAAGCCCAUUCAUUAUAGAAGGGCUAGGUGUUUAAUUUAUAUAAUUCUACUUAUUGACAAGAAAAUUUCCAAACAAAUUCCAUUACCGGUGUACCAUAUUUUAUGAGCAACAUGGGAAAGCUGUCAAUACACCUCCCACCCCAUAGUCAGAGGUCCCCAGAGACCCCAUGGCAGUUACAUUGCUGGCCCUCUUUAUUUUAGUAAAUUUAGUAUUUAGAAUCCCCACAUCUAUGAUUUUAGUGAAUUAGUAAAAUGGCAUGUGUGUAUAUGUGUGAGUCCGCUAGUUUGUCGUCUAAGGCAGGUGAGCCUUUCAGAAUAAGAACAGAAUAUCAAAAUCUCCUGACAUUCCAUAUCCUACGUUGUUAAGAUUAAUGACAAACUCUAGUAUGCCUCUACUUCCUUUAAUAUACACUAUUUAAAAUUAUAACGUGUAAAAUGGAGUUAUUAUUUCUUUAUUGUGGAGGUGUUGAUGUAUGUUGUGAUUUUUUUUUUUUGCACAUUAUUAAAUUUAAUAUGAGGCUUUAUGGUAACCUGGGUUUGUUGUAACAGGUACUACAUAUAAAAAUAAAUAAAUAAAAAGAUGACCAUGAUACAAUACAGAUUUUUUUAUUUUUUUUAAAUUAAAUUUAAGAUUAUUAUAGCACCUCUAUAAUUUGAAAAAGAUGAAACAAUUUAUAGUAGCAUACCAAUAUUUAUGGCCCUUCUGCUUGUUUCUUAUUCGUACAAACAUGUAAUUUAGAUACCUGUACAGCCCCUUAAAAGACCAAGGCGGGAAAAAAAACACUCCCUCAUUGGUAAUCAAGUUUAACAUAGUUAAGCAAAUUAGAAAAAUGUGAGUGAAGAUUAAAUUAAAGUAAAACUUUGUUUACAUGAUAUUUGGUCCUCGCGUAAACUUUUUUGUUUUUGGCGUCAUUUUUGGGAUCUGGGUAGUACUGACAGAGGGUUUAAUGUGUCCUAGAUGGGGUGGGUGGAGCAGGCCCCCUGAUGGUCUGUUUAUUUUUCAGAUGUGGGAAGAAUAUCCUGAUGUUUAUGGGGUUAGGAGAUCAAACCGAAGCAGACAAGAACCAUCUCGAUUUAAUAUUAAAGUUGAGGUAAGGAAAAAAAAAAAAAAAACCCUACAAAUUGAACAUAAUUUUUGAUAAACAGCAGCAGAGCCUAUUCAAUGCUUAGUUUGAGUCAUACAAAAAGUUAUGAGUCACGUACCAUCAAAAGCAAAACUUAUAAUUACUGUAAUCACAGGGAAAAUCCAUUUUAGAUAUAGCUAGGGCAGUCAUCUGAUAAAUAGAAUGUAAAAAGAACUACAGCUAUUGCAUUUUUUGUUCAUCUCCAACUAAAGAAAUAAUUAAUGCAGUUAUUGGCUAUCACUGUCAUUACACAUAAGAUUUUAGGUUUUAAACUGUGGUGUGCUUCAAAACAAGUCCUCUGUUGUGGAUGAGGUUUGUGUGGGGGUUUUUCUUUCAUGGUUUUAUUUUUUAUAACCCUAUCUUUCUUAAAUAUCAUUAUUGAAUAAAGUAAAAUUUUAAUAGUGCUCUGUUUGCUGGCAUAGUAACCGAGAAUUGUGGUGGGAUUUGUGUGUGUGUAUAUGUAUAUGAAAUAAAAAAAAGUGUGUCUCUCUCUCUUGAUGGGGACUCCGGGCACUAUAACCACUACAGUGUAGUGUCAGAGUAGAUUUUCUUGAAAUUGCCUAAUCGUUCCAUUUGUAUGUGUUUCUAAUAAAAAUAAUUUCAUUUUUAAUUGCUGAUGGUUGUUUUAUAAGGAAAUUUCCAUUUAUUUAUGUAUUUAUAUUUUAGAGUAGUGAGUCGGAAAAUGCAAGUCCAAAGAGACGAAGCCUGAGAAUAACAAGGAAGCAGUAAGUAUAGUCCGAUUGUGGGGUGGAAAAUUCACUACUUUAGGGUUUAUUAACUGUGUUUGGAAUUCUAGCCGUUGGAAAUGUGAAUGGCAAUAUUAAGUCUAAAAUAAAAUAACUUACAGUAGUGAUGGUGCGCAACAACAACAACAAAAAAAAUCAUAUUCACUAUGGACCUCUUAUAGAGAGUGAAAGUAACCCUGUGUACAUGAAAUGAGGUGUUUACAGAGUGGAAAUAUUAUAAAUAAUUAAAAACCAAACAGUGGUUGUGGUAAAACAAAGCACAAUCUGUAGGUAUAAUUGCAAACAUGGAAAUCACUCUGACACCUAUUAAGGAGACAAAAACAAAAAGAGAGCUCCUAGUGCAGCGUAGUAAUUCACUUAUAAAUAUAUAAAAUAAAGCAAAACAGAGGUGCCCUUUAGGUGUUACUCUCACAAAAUUGGAGUGGUAAAAGCACCACUCGUUGCUAUAGCACUCAGGGAGAAUCAGCCCCUAGAGUGCGUGGGAUCCGUGGAAAGGAAGCUUGCAAUCCAGAUCUCAGGUAAGUAUACUUUAUUAUUAACAAUAAAAAACAGCAAAACUUGUUGUGGAGUUAGUUAGUCCGCUCACCAACCUCAGGAAACCGCAAAGAAAGUUCCAUAUACUCAUGUAAUGUAAAAAAAUCUUCCGGCUGUUAUCCUGGCUGCUGUUGCCGACUGUCUCCAAAUCCCUUUCUGGUUCCGGGUCCGUAAUGCAUUUCGCCCCACCUACAGGGCUUUGUCAAACGGCUGAUGCUUCCUCCCACUAUCCUGUGUCUGAUAUACACCAGUCCAUGUUACCAACCAUUUUAAAAUCAAUACAAACAUUCCCAUCAACAUUUCAAAAUCCAAAAUAAGUCUCUUAUUAGUAGCACUGCUGAUCCCAGUGCCAACUGAUAUAAAUGGGGUCUCAUUUAAAAUUCUAAAUAAAAAAGACAAUUUCUUUUCUUAAAGUGGCAGCACACAUUCUCAUAAUACUACUAAAAAUCCAAAAAAACCUGAUUAGGAAACAAAAAAUGUGUAUAUAGUUACUUAAAUUCAUAAUGUUAAUUGAGUAAAAUAAGUUUUUGUAGAGUUUCUUAUUGCCCACAGAAAUAUGUGGAAAUAUCGGUUUAGGCAAUAUACCCCAUUUUUGUUCCAAGUUUUUAAAUUAUUAUUUUUUUUUAUAUAUAUAUAUAUAUAUUUAUAGUUUUAAAUAUCUGACACCCCAUGUCUAUCAUUUGGCACUGGGAUCAGCAGUGCUACUAAUAAGAGACUUAUUUUGGAUUUUGAAAUGUUGAUGGGAAUGUUUGUAUUGAUUUUAAAAUGGUUGGUAACAUGGACUGGUGUAUAUAAGACACAGAAUAGUGGGAGGAAGCAUCAGCCGUUUGACAAAGCCCUGUAGGUGGGGCGAAAUGCAUUACGGACCCGGAACCAGGAAGUGAUUUGGAGACAGUCGGCAACAGCAGCCAGGAUAACAGCCGGAAGAUUUUUUUACAUUACAUGAGUAUAUGGAACUUUCUUUGCGGUUUCCUGAGGCUGGUGAGCGGACUAACUAACUCCACAACAAGUUUUGCUGUUUUUUUAAUUUGCUAUUAAUAAAGUAUACUUACCUGAGAUCCGGAUUGCAAGCUUCCUUUCCACGGAUCCCACGCACUCUAGGGGCUGAUUCUCCCUGAGUGCUAUAGCAACGAGUGGUGCUUUUACCACUCCAAUUUUGUGAGAGUAACACCUAAAGGGCACCUCUGUUUGCUUUAUUUUAUAUAUUUAUAAGUGAAUUACUACGCUGCACUAGGAGCUCUCUUUCUGUUUUUGUCUCCUUAAUAGGUGUCAGAGUGAUUUCCAUGUUUGCAAGUAUACCUACAGAUUGUGCUUUGUUUUACCACAACCACUGUUUGGUUUUCAAUUAUUUAUAAUAUUUCCACUCUGUAAACACCUCAUUUCAUGUACACAGGGUUACUUUCACUCUCUAUAAGAGGUCCAUAGUGAAUAUGAUUUUUUUUUUUUGUUGCGCACCAUCACUACUGUAAGUUAUUUUAUGUUCAAAUCGUUUUACCAGGAUUUGUUUUUGUUGGUUUCUGCAUGUACUAAGAUCCUUCUCUCAUUUGCGCCAUCCUAUUUAUAAUCGUUUUUUCUUAAGUGUAAAAUAAGAAACAAAGUAAUUGUAGCUACUUUGAGAGUUUUUGUAGAUCACCUGUUUUGGCCAACAUUUGCAAUUUGGCUUUCCAUUUACUAGGAUCUGGAGUUUAGUGAAUUACCCUGUUUUUGCACAGGCUUCGUAUCCAUAUCCCAAAGUCUUGAUCUUUUGUUUGUGGGCUUACAUAAACCUCACAAAAAGAGGUGGUGAGGGUAGGAGAUGUUUGUAACCACCAACUUUAUGCAGAAAUCAGUUGAGUCCAACACAGGAGGUUUUUUAUAUGCUCAUGUUCAUCCAAACCUUCUUUUGUUGUCAAAUGACGACAAUGUAAAUGACCAAAACCAGUCAGGAUUGUGUUAUGGGGAAUAAAAUAAUAUAAUGCAACAGUCAUUUGGGAGCAGUAUUUAAAUAAGCGUAAGCUGAGCUUUCUUCUCAAAUUUGGGUACUUAUUUAUCUCCUUCCUAGCAGUCCUUUUUAUUUAUUUAUUUAUUAUUGUUAUUAUUAUUUUUUUAAAGUCCAGAAGAGCGCACAUCUUAUGUAUUGUCACAGAAAAUAAGGUUCAUUGGAGUUUUUACAAAACAAGAAACUGUGGUCAAAUGUAAAAUUGAGACAAAAUAAGAGCUAAAAUUAGCUUAUUUGGAAAUGUUUCCAAACUCUGUAUUUUUGCCUUAAAUCUUUGAAUUUGCUUGUAAGUUCGUGAUUAAGCUUUACAUAAUGUGUGAAUCCCAUACUUUCACCUUCAUAUUUUUGAGGAAUAAGGAUGGUAAAAUACCCAAAUCGCACCUAGUUGUGCACAGCAUUGUCCAGAGGUAUGCUGAUAGGGAGAUGUAUUUGGAUUUCUGAGGUUCUACUUUGGCUUUUUUUUUCUUUUUUUUGCUAACCAUUACUCCAAUUUCUGUUAAAAUAUGUAAUAAGAGUAUGGAUUUAAGGUGUUAAAAUGGGGUUAUGUAUAAAGAAAUAUUCUGAAGAAAUUCUGAAAUGAACACUCCCCCCAUAACAACUUCAGCUCGUUGAGUGUCUGUCACCAUCUUAUCUUCAGGGGUUAAACUGUUUUGGAUUUUCCAGCUGUUUAUCACCAGAGUUAACACUCCGGUUCCAGCCAUAGCUGCCCUGUGAUUUCCUUCAUCUCUUUUACAAGGCUGAGCGUUAUAGGCUGAGAGAGUAAAUUCCUCUGUAUUCCCUCGGAUGCGGAGAAUGUCAUAGAGUUUUAAAUGCAGGGAAUGGUUAGAAUCUGUCUCAUUCUUUAUGAUUUUUUUUAAAUUCAUAUAUUAGAUGGUUGCAAAUGUACAAAUUAAAUUGUAUGGCAGUAGGAUAUACAGCCUGUUCCAUAAAACCCUUAGAAAUAGGUUGAUCCACUUUGGAACGAAGUUUGUCAGAAUUUUACUUUAUAUAAAAUUUUGCUUUCACAGAGAGAAGAAAACUUUUUUUUCUGAUGAUGAUGAGGAUGAUGAGGAUGAUGAGGAAGAGGCCAGUAGUGCAGAAAGUGAAGCAGAGCAAAGAAAAGUCAGAUCCCGGCGAUUACAACCCAAACGGUAGGAAUGCUUUCUUUUCAUCUACUCAAAGAAUUUUUUUCAGUAUUAAAAGAAAAUACAUAUAUGUAAAUACAAAAUAUAUAGAAGUGGUCUAUAACUGCAAUGUGUAUACCUUUCUUUCUGGCGUUAACAAAUGUUUGCUUGAAAUGGGGAACUGAUAAGGAACGUGUGGCGGAGCUCAGUACUCUGCUUAAGUGUCUCCAUUGAGUCAGCAGUGGAUGCUUGGAGUGAUUAUACCUGUCUCACUCAAACACUAGCUGAGAUGUAGUGAAGGGUGCAUAAGAACUGGUUUAUUGAGAACAAGACACAGUUUUAUACACACGACCCCAACAAAGGGGUUCAUUACUUGAACAAUGUAAAUCCCACCCUGGCGCCUAGGAGUCUGGGAGAUAACUAUAUCAGGAACCGCUAAGCUAAUAAUCCCCCAUACAUCAAGACACCCUUACAAUAUACCCCAGAACAUAUAUUCCCUAGAGACCCAAAACACAGGAUGUAAUAUGAGAAUGUAUAACCGACCUUAGAAUGGCCGGACUUGACGUUCGACAGAUAAACAAUGGUCUGGGACCAGCCAAGGUGGAGGGAGCAAAAAAAAAUCACAGAAGCGAGAAAUACAAGCCGAGUCAAGGGAACCAGAAAUCACAGUAGCGAGGUACAAAAGACGAGUCAGGAAUACAGAAAGGAGAAUGGUCAGAUAGCCGAGGUCAAUACACAAGCAACACAGUAAAGCAAAGCAUUAUUUGGAACUGUAGGUAGAACCACAACAGGGCUAAGUACUAUGGGUGAAUCUGACGUUUAUAGGUUGGAUCCUUAAAUUUGAAGCCAUGCCCCCAAAACGGCAGCGUUUUGGCGGGCCAUGACUUUGGCAUGCACGCACUGCAGUGAUGUCAUCAGCAUCCUGGCGUGCGCGUGCUGUGUCAUAAAAGGGGGUGACGCUAAUGUGGCCGGCGUUCGAACUGACGGAGAGAAGCCUCGGACCUGGGUCCUGGGGAAUCAUGACAACUUCACAUUUCAUAUAUCUCUGGAUAGCUCUCCCCCCUUAGCCUCCUUGAGUCAAAAGAGCUCUCUUGUGAUACUUAAGUGUUGAAUCGCCACCUGGUCAUAGUCUUAGUAACCACUAGGAGACUUUUGGCUUUCCCUACUGGGGUCGGUCACUGGGUUGGAGUGAGGUCAGUCUUCGGGGGUAUGCCUGGUGAAGGACAAGGGGAAAACCAGGGAGUGUGACUUUAGCUCUUAAGUGAGAAAUUGGGGUGAAUGUCUCUGCAUAGUGGCAGAACUGCGGUUCUGUCACAUAACAUAUUAAACAUUUUACAAUUUAGCAAUGCUUAGGCAAGCUUUUAGCAUUUUCCUUAAUGCCAUAAACUGAUUUAUAAUAGGCUGACUUAUUACAUAGCCAUAAAUGUGUUCAAUUCUGGGGUGUUUGCAUGUUAUUUAAAUGAUAGGGGAAAUGUUAUAUAUUUAUGUGUAGCCCCAGUAUACAUUUUCCAUCACACAUGUACACGUUGCAGGAUUGAAUGGCAUGUAUUUGGAGUUAUGAAGGUUGGGGAGAUUAAAAGUGUUUGUAUUAUACUAUUAAACAUAAUUUUAUUUAUUUUGCAAAUAUUUGCAUACUGUGUUCUUUAAAAAUUUGUUUAACCAUUUCCAGGGCUUCUACAAGGAAUACAAAGAAGCCUCAACGUGGGAACAAGAGAAAGCAGGAUUCUUCAGAGGAGGACGAUGACGACGACGAUGAUGACGAAACACCUAAAAGGCAAACCAGGCGUCAAGUAGCUAAAAAUGUCAGGUAGGAUCCUGUAGGGUAGUAAUGCAGAAUUUACACUAUCAUAGUUAUUUUUUUUUUUUUGCUACAAGUAGCUAUUUACUUGUUUGUAGGAAUGAUGAUCUAUAACUUCGAAAAAUGCCUUUUUCUUGGACAAUUUAUAGUUAAGAAUCUGGAGCAUAUUUCUGUCUAGGUAUAUAAGGCAUCUGGCUGAUUACCCUAUAACGCGUUAUAUUGCACUAGCUGGCAGGGCCGGAUUGGGAAGUAAAAGCAGCCCUGGAAAAAAAAUUAAUUACCAGCCCAAUAAUGCGUCGCGCCAGCGUAGUGUGCUGAUACAGAGCUAGAAAAGAAAACUUAAAAUUAAAAAUGAUUACUUCAACGUGAAAAAAAGCACUCAUAGGCUUCAAAAUAAACAAAAAUGCAGAUUUAUUUUAAGCAGAUGUGCCUUUGCAUGUAAUCAAUGUUUCAGUCCAACUACCUUGACAUAUUAAGGAAAGUUUGGUGAAUGUAUGUAGCGCACAGCUGUAAAAAAUGACGUUAUCUUGUUUAUUUUGAAGUCCUGUGGGUUCACUCUUCAUUUUAAAUAUGUUGUUGUGCUGCAGUAUGCACCUAGCAACAAGACUGGGCCUAUAUCUGCUCAUUACAUAUGGUACAUAUUAAUUAUAUUUAUCUGUGUAUUAUGCAUAUAUAAAUGGACAAUAAUAUAUGUGUAAAUAUUAUAGGCUUAAUUUUAUAUAUAUAUAUAUAUAUAUCUCCAAAAAUGUGGCUGCACUCACGGUCCUUUCAGUUUCCAAUCUUUAUUCAGUAGUUAAAAAAUGAUCAUCAACGUUUCAGUCCUCUGUUCAGGACUUUCAUCAGGAUCAACAAUUUGUAUAUAUAGCCCCUAUGUGCGUCUCUUUCUACCUCCAGCCCCUCUGUGUGUCUUUGUGUGUCCCCCAGUCCCUCUGUAUGUUUGUUUCUCCCCCUCACUGCUCCUCUGUGUCCAUGUCUCCCCACUCUUUCCCUGUCUCUCUCUUCCCCCUGUGUGUCUCUCUCCCCCUCUGCCUCUUUCUCCCUCCCCCCUGUGUGUGUCUCUUCUUUUUCCCUCUCCCUCUGUGUCCCUCUCUUCCCCUCUGUCUCUUUCUCCCCCCUUAUCCUGUGUCUCUCUCCCCCACAUCUCUCUUCCCCUUUGUCUCUUUCUCUCUAUUCCCCCUUUUUCUCCCCCUGUGUCUCACUCUUCCCCCUCUGUCUCUUUCUCCCUCCUUUCCCUGUGUCACUCUCUCUCCCCUCUGUCUCUCUCUAUUCUCCCACUGUCUUUCUUCCCUCUUCCCCUGUGUCUCUUUCUCCCCCUCCCAUUUACCAAAAGAAGUCAGAGGGGGCCGGCCGCGUUCCACACUGGUGCCGCCGGGCCGGGUGGCCGCCUAGCCGAUGAACUGUCAGCAUAGGAGGACUGAAGGAGGGAGCAUGUCUCUCUAUCAUGCUCCCUCAUGGUUCCCACAAUUCCAAGCACAGUAUGAUGUGCUGUGCUGGGAAUUGUGGGAACCGCAAGGGAGCAUGAUAGAGAGAUGGCUCCCCCCUUCAGUCCUCCUAUGUUGACAGCUCACUGCUGUCAGCAUUAGUGAGUGUGUGCCGCCGGAUCGGCUAGGCGGCCACCCGGCCCGGCGGAACCAGCAUGGAACGCUGCCGCCCACCUCAGAGUGUGCCACCGGACCAGCCACACUGUGACACCUACAUGCACAUCCCCCAGGUGCCACGGCCCACUGGAAAAUUUGCGGGUCCCGGUGGGCCAGACUGGCCCCAUCUAGCUGGUUUUGCGUGGAAACAGAUUUGUUAUCAUUUGUUUUAUGCAAACAGUGUUAAACCAUUAGUGAUUUUGAAUUGCAACAGCUACAAAGAAGAUGAUGACUUUGAGACAGAUUCCGAUGACCUGAUAGAAAUGGCAGGGGAGGAGGUAGAGGAGCAGGAAGAUAAUCACGAGACUAUAGAGAAAGUAUUGGACACCAGGAUUGGAAAGAAAGGAGGUAAGGGUAGCUUAUAUUCUACUUUUAUUUUGUUCACAUGAUACAGCAUAAGAAAUGAUAGCCCUUUGUACCAAAAUAAUAUAUAUAACAUCAGCAAAUCCAUAUGGGUUUAUAUGUGCUGCAACAUUUCAUGCAAACUCCUAGUUUAAUAUACAUAUGUUCAUAUUCAUAAUAAAGAACAAUAAUCAUCUUUGAGUAGGUGACAGUUCCUCUCUCUCACCCCAGUUAAUUUCAAAAUGUUUACAGGGAGAUAUAGUGUAUAAAAAUACCUCUGCAAGAUUCUUUUACAAUGCAAUAUUCAUUAAAUGUAUAUACACUGUCUUGGGCCCAUACGAACGGCAUCAUUAAUUAAAGGAACACUAUAGGAUCAGGAACACAACCACUAUCUAGCCACCCUUUCUCCCCUGUUACCCCCUAAAUAUAGUAAAAUCUUACCUUUAUUGCAGUCAUCUACUGCUGGCUCUUCCCCUGAUCUGCCUGCUUGUUUGACAUCAUCAGAAGUGGUGUUCCGAGCCAAUCAGAACGCUUUCCGAUAGGAAAGCAUUGAAUUGACUGAGCUUGUCAAGGAGGCAAAUCAGGGGCAGAGCCAGCACAAGACAAACACAGCCCUGGCCAAUCAGCAUCUCCUCAUAGAGAUGAAUUGAAUCAAUGCAUCUAUAUGAGGAAAGUUAAGUGUCUGCAUGCAGAGGGUGGAGAUACUGAUUGUCAGUGCUGCACACUGUGCAGCAAUACCCCAGGAAGCACCUCUAGUAGUCAUCUGAGGAGUGGCAAGUGGAGGUGUCCCUGGGCACUGCCUUUUUUCUGAAAAAAAUGUUUUUACUGCAAAAAGCCUGCAGGCACUAACUAUACUCACCAGAACAAAUACAAUAAUCUGUAGUUGUUCUGGUGACUCUAGUGUCACUUUAGAUUUUUGCUGUGUGCCUGACAGUGCCUUGGCAGCUUCAUUAUAGGCAUUUGGUAUUGUGUAAAAAAAUAAAGCGCUAACUAGACUUUUAAAAAUUAUUAUUUCAGUUACUGGAGCAUCAACUACUGUGUAUACUAUGGAAGAAAAUGGGGAUCCUUGUGCUGACUUUAAUCCUGAAACCGAUGAAGGGGAGCCACAGUAUCUUAUCAAAUGGAAAGGGUGGUCUUACAUCCACAGCACCUGGGAAAGUGAAGAGUCUCUGCAGCAGCAGAAGGUGAAAGGCUUGAAAAAGCUGGAAAAUUUCAAGAAGAAAGAUGAUGAAAUCAAGCAUUGGUAUGACUUACCCGCUUUUCUGCAAAACUAGUACCAAAAACGCUUAAUCUUAAUUAUAUCUUAAUUAUAUCAUUUUGGGGUAUAAAUGCCGCCCCUGGAGCCCUGUAAAUGACAACAGAGCCGUUUCUGAGAAGCAACACUGUUUCUUUUUGCAAUUCCCACUCCUCCAGUGUCUGUGAAUGAGACAGCCACUAAGGGCUUUCAGCCUAAAAUAAAUUAACUAAUAACAGAGUGUUCAUUUAAUUUUGAAUUGUUUUUUUGUUUUUUAAUAGGCUGUCAAAAGUUUCACCUGAAGACGUAGAGUAUUUUAACUGUCAGCAAGAAUUAGCAUCUGAAUUGAACAAACAGUACCAGAUAGUUGAGAGGGUUAUAGGUAAGUGGGAUAUCAUCAUUGUUUUACUACAUUAGAGAAAAUAAUAAUUGCAGUCACAGAUUGUGAGUGGCAUUUUUAAUGAAGGAAAAUAAUAUUUUGUGUGUGUAUGUAUAUAUAUAUUUCCAGCCUGUGGUUUUUAAAUAUUUGCAAUUUGUGCAAAAGUUUUUUUUUUUUUUCAUAUCUGUAGAGUACUUAAUUUAGAUGAAUUUGUUAUAGUGCUGCAAUAGUCCCCCCUACCCUCCACCAUUUCCCUAGUGGCCCCAAAUGACUGUAUUUUACUAUUUAGAAAUCUAUUCGGGGCCAAUACAAACCAUUGUGUGAAAAUCUAUUCACAAACCGGACUUAACAUAUGACAUGGGGUCAUGCGUUUAGACUGGAAGAAAGAAGAUUUUGUCUAAGGCAAAGGAAAGGUUUUUUUACUGUAAAAACAAUGUGGAAUUCAGUGUCUGAAGAAGUGGUUUUAUCAAUCCAUACAGAUGUUCAAACAGCUACUAGAUGCAUACUUGCAAAGACAGAAUAUUCAAGGAUAUAAUCUUUCAAAGUCGGUUAAUAACUGCUUGAUCCAAGGAUAUCUGAUUGCCAUUCUGGGGUCAAGAAUUAAUUUUUUUCCUAGCUUGUUGCAAAAUUGGAAGUGCUUCAAACUGUAUUUUUUUUUUUGCCUUCUUUUGGAUCAACAGCAAAAAACAAAUGUGAGGAAGGCUAAACAUAAUGGACGCAAGUCUCUUUUCAGCAAUGUAACUAUGUAAGAAGGCUUGAAAGUGUGCUUCCAGACCCUCUGCGUAGGAGAGCUGGGACUGUUACUUCCUAGUUCUCAUACUCUAGCACGAGGCUUGACAAAUUUAAUUGGAAUCUAAGAAACAAAAAAAGUAGCUCAGACCUUUGUCAGCAUGAUUAAAACUUAACAUUUAAUAAUAUUUAGUAAGAGUUAGUCAUAAACCCUGCACAUUCUCUGUGGAACAAAUAGCUGGCCAGACUCUAUUGGAGCACAGGAUGCUACUAAGUAGCAAUAAAUCUUGAAGAGUGUCUAGUGUUCAGAAACACAGCUUUUGCAACAGUAUCAAAAGAAACAAAGAGAAACUAAGCCAACAGGUUUAGAAGAAUGUCCUACUGUAGACCAAUAGGGUCCAGAGGUAAAGCAUUGGCUUGGCUUAGCUUAUCCAGAAUGAUUAUCUCCGCAAUGGAGGCGGGGCCAGCUAUGGCGAGACAGGCACGGCGUGGUAGAAAAAGUGACUUUAUUUGCAUUUCCCAUGCAAUGAAAAGGGGGAAGAUCACCUUAAACAGACAAACUCACACUCACUCACAGACAGACACACUGACUGACCAACACACACACUCAGAAAUUAUUAUUUUUAAAAAUCAUUUUAAUUGAAAUCCACCCAGCCUCCCCUACCUUUAGGAGAGCUUGAGUGGACUGGUUUUCUCUGGGGUCCAGUGGGGCUGCUCUCAUCUCCCUGCUCUGUUUAGUGAGACAGGGGCCAGAGUGACGUCAUUCCAGCUCCCGGCAUCACUGGAGUGAGUGUAAGGGAGCAGAGCAGGGAGAUUACAACUCAAUCGCCACCUCCGCACUUAGCCGGCUACCUACCUGCCCACCUCUAUGUCAUUCAUCCGGCAUCCUCCGCUCUCCUACAACCAGUGUUCUAUAAGAGGUAGAGUUUUUGGAUAGAAUACCGGCUGGCCGCCUCCACUCUCUCACCCGCCUCCUGCAUUCUCCAUUGCCGUCUCCGCUGAAUGGGCAGAAAAAUCUGAGUCACCAGGACAAAAUUCUUGGUCGCCAUGGCGACUUGUCAUCUGGGAUUUGUCAAGCCCUGCCCUAGAAUAUGUUGAUGUAAUUCAUGGUUCUGUCACACUCUGCCAUAGUGUCAUUGCAUGCAAUGACUCUCUAUGGCAGAAUCAGAGGAACAUCACUGCAGGAGUCACGCAUGCUGGUUCGUUCUCAAUGCUCCCCUAUGAGGAGCAUUAAUUGGACCGUCAUCCUGGAGACACACCGUGGCAGCGGAGGGAAGGUGAGUUAAUUUUUACACUUUUUUUUUUUUUUUUUUUGCUUUUCUUUUUACGAGUGAGGGUGGGGGGGGGGUUAAAACUAGAUAGAAACAUGAAGACUGUAGCUUUAGGAAUACAGAUAUACAUUCCCAACACUGCAGUGUCCCUUUAAUACAUUUGAUGCAUAUUAAUCUUACUGAAAGAAAGAAGCCAUUAUGACAAACGUAAUGGUAAAACCAUAUCAUUUAUUUUUAUUUACACAGCGGUGAAGACUAGCAAGUCUGGUUCUGGACAUUCUGACUUUCCAGGUAAACUGUCCCAUGAUUAAUCCAUAUUUUGUUGUUUGCACAUACCUUUUCUAUCCUAAACAUCCAUCUAUUUUUAAUACCAAUGGUACUUAUUUAGUAUUUCCCUUUUAGUUUUAGACCUUUUCAAAUUGUAUUUUGGAUGUGCCUUGAAUUACAUUCGUCAUCAUACGAUGCUGAAAAUGUGCACAACAAUACUUAUCUCACACUUUGAUCAUUCAGAUAGUCAUAGUACAUAUUUUCUGACACAACCAGCGUUUCUAUAGGUAUUGGUGUUUGAAUUGAACAAAUACUAUCAGCCCGAAAAGUGGCGAUUGGCCACACCACUUCCUGUUGAUUUAAUUGAAGUAUGGAUUGAUUAAUAGGAAUUGUGUGUGUGUGUGUUUUUUUAUUAUUAUGCAGUGCUUAGAAUUUGCGCUUGUUUCUAGUCUGAAGAAACAAACCUGCUUAGUUGUUCUGUGUUUUCUUUUUGGAAGGUUAGUUUCUGUGCUAAUCCUUCUUUUUUGCUUUUGCACUAGCUCACGUUAAAAAAAUGGCCUCUUCUAAUGAACCGGAGUACCUGUGCAAAUGGAUGGGCCUUCCGUACGCAGACUGCAGCUGGGAAGAUGGGGCUCUCAUUAGCAAGAAGUUUCAACAUUGCAUUGACAGCUUCAGCUCCAGAAAUAAUUCAAAAACCACCCCGGCAAAAGACUACAAGGUGUGUAUGCCUCAUAUUGCUACCAUAAGAGGAUAAGAGGUACUGUCGUUUUUUUCUCUUCAGUGUUCUUCUACUGUGGCUAAAUUGCCCAUAUAAUGCACCUUUAUUAUACUUGCUUAAAGGAUCACUAUAGGGUCAGGAACACAAACAUGUAUUCCUGACCCUAUAGUGUUAAAACCACCAUCUAGCCCCCCUGGGCCACUCAUACUUCCAUAAAUAUAGUAAAAAUCUUACCGUAUUCAAGCCUGUAGAUCUGCAUUCUGUUAGACUCAGAAAACAAGCAGUAUGCUGACAUCAUCAGAAGUGGUAGCCUGAUCAAAUCACAAUGCUUCCCCAUAGGAUUGGCUGAGACUGACAGAGAGCUAGAUCAGGGGCAGAACCAGCAUGAUUCAAACACAGCCCUGGCCAAUCAGCAUCUCCUCCUCAGAUGAAUUGAAUCAAUGAAUCUCUAUGAGGAAAGUUCAGUGCCUGCAUGCAGUGGGAGGAGACACUGAAUGUUUGGAUGCAUUUUAGGCAGCCAUGACCCAGGAAAUAUCUCUAACAGCCAUCUGAGGAGUGGCCAGUGAAGUUAUCACUAUGCUGCAAUGUAAACACUGCAUUUUCUCUGAAAAGACCGUGUUUACAGCAAAAAUCCUGAUGGUAAUUAUUCUACUCACCAGACCAAAUUCAAUAAGCUGUAGAUGUUCUGGUGACUAUAGUGUCCCUUUAAGUGAUUUUGUAACUUUGUAUGAUAAAACAUUCUGUAAAGUAUUUCGGGGGCAUGAUCUCAGAUAACUAUAUGGAGGAUUUAUUAAAAAACUAUUUUAUGGGAUAGGUUUUAAGAAUGUGUGAAAGGCUGGUAAAGCAUGAACUCCAGGAAAUACAUGAAAACAAGAUACAUCUCAAUGUGUAUUUCCUUAUAAAACAUAUAGGUAAAUAAAAAUAGGUAAGGUGUAUCUCUACAACGGAUGGGGGGUUCCUUUUGGCCCAGCCUUGUUUUAAAAAAAAACAAAAAAACAUUUAACAGUGGCAUCCCUUUACUUUACAUUUACAACAUGGGUUUAUGCACAAUCUUCACUCAUUCUAUAUUAUGAAAAGUGUAUGAUUUGUAUUCAACACAGUAACAUCUUGCAUUAACUGUAUUUUAGACAUUGUUCAUUUAAAAUUACCCCUUCCAUUUAAACAAUGAAAGUGUAAACGGAUAGUCUGUUUUAGUGAAAAUUAAUGUGAUAACUGAACAUCAUUGUUGGAUUAAUAUUAAUUUUGAGUGUCAGAAAUGAGACACAAUCCUUUGGAUUGGAAGCUAAAUUGCUGAGUAGUUUUCAGUCCUUAAAGAGCUGGCUGGCAAAUAUUUAUGGGUGUUUGUGUCUAGCUGGAUGUCCAGUAUUUUAAUAUCCUUUAUUUAAAUGAUGGCCACGUGACAGGCUGGGUAGAGCAGAAUACUUUGUACAACGACCAAGUAGAGGAGUUACAGAUCAGGUUGAAAAAAUUGCUUAUUUUGAUAAAUAAAGUCUAAUCUUUUUUAAAACACAAAUACAUGUAUUCUGAGAAUUGUAUCUAUAUUUCUUUAAAGGUUCUAAGGCAGAGACCAAGGUUUGUUACCUUAAAGAAGCAACCUGCUCAUAUUGGUGGUGAGGGCCUGGAGCUGCGAGACUACCAACUGGAGGGUCUUAAUUGGCUAGCUCACUCGUGGUGCAAGUACGUAUCUGGAGUCUUCAUUGUAACACACCAAAAAGUUAAAUAUACUUUUGUAGCGCAAAACAGAGUGAAAUUAAUGUGUAUUUGUGGGGAUAUACCAGAUUAACUCCAAGUGCCAUUCAGAGCUUAUCAAGUUGGUGGCAAACCCUAAUUUUGUCAGUACCCUACAUAGUCAAUCACCCACAACAGUCUGCAGACGUGGCUUUUUUUUUUUUUUUAGUUGUCAGUAAGCACAAGGGCCUUGUGGUUCACUUAAGAUACCAACACGUAUCCUAACAAGCAGAUUUUUUUUCUCUUGUUCAUAUUUUAUUUCUUUAGCUUCUGUAAGUACAAUAAAAAAAAAUUGUGGCGUAAAACCAUGAAAGGAUAAAAUGCAUAACGAUUGUAUAUGCAUAUGCGAUUGUAAACUGGGGAAGAGCAGAGGGAAGAUAGUUUGUUUAAUUUGCAGAGACUGAAUACAAUUAUUGUCUUUCACUCCUCCCCCCUUUGUAUUUUACCCUAAUCCACUUCUGCUGUUGUCCCUUAACUUGUAGGUACAACAGUGUAAUCCUUGCAGAUGAGAUGGGCUUGGGGAAGACUAUACAGACUAUUUCCUUCCUCUCCUACUUGUUCCACCAGCAUCUGCUCUAUGGGCCAUUUCUCUUAGUUGUGCCCCUAUCAACUCUAACAUCUUGGCAGAGGGAGUUUGAGAUCUGGGCACCUGAUAUUAAUGUAGUAGUUUACAUCGGAGACAUGGGAAGCAGGAAUACGGUGAGUGUCUGUAAUAUCUGCAGCACAACAUAAAGAUCUUCUACUUAAGUUUGUGCCAGAUCUUGGCUAAGACUCGUAUAGUUUAUUAUGUCACCAGUGACUCUCAGAUGAUAUGUGGCUGCUCAGACAGCAAAGUUUGUUAAUGGCAAAUAUUGUUUUACAAGUACUAACUAGAUCUUAGAAACAUAGAAACAUAGAAUGUGACGGCAGAUAAGAACCAUUCGGCCCAUCUAGUCUGCCCAAUUUUCUAAAAACUUUCAUUAGUCCCUAGCCUUAUCUUAUAGUUAGGAUAGCCUUAUGCCUAUCCCAUGCAUGCUUAAACUCCUUUACUGUGUUAACCUCUACCACUUCAGCUGGAAGGCUAUUCCAUGCAUCCACUACCCUCUCAGUAAAGUAAUACUUCCUGAUAUUAUUUUUAAACCUUUGUCCCUCUAAUUUAAGACUAUGUCCUCUUGUUGUGGUAGUUUUUCUUCUUUUAAAUAUAGUCUCCUCCUUUACUGUGUUGAUUCCCUUUAUAUAUUUAAAUGUUUCUAUCAUAUCCCCCCUGUCUCGUCUUUCCUCCAAGCUAUACAUGUUAAGAUCCUUUAACCUUUCCUGGUAAGUUUUAUCCCGCAAUCCAUGAACCAGUUUAGUAGCCCUUCUCUGAACCCUCUCUAAGGUAUCAAUAUCCUUCUGAAGAUACGGUCUCCAGUACUGUGUACAAUACUCCAAGUGAGGUCUCACCAGUGUUCUGUACAAUGGCAUGAGCACUUCCCUCUUUCUACUGCUAAUACCUCUCCCUAUACAACCAAGCAUUCUGCUAGCAUUUCCUGCUGCUCUAUUACAUUGUCUGCCUACCUUUAAGUCAUCAGAAAUAAUCACCCCUAAAUCCCUUUCCUCAUAUGUUGAGGUUAGAACUCUAUCAAAUAUUCUGUACUCUGCCCUUGGGUUUUUACGUCCAAGAUGCAUCUUGUGGAAGUUGUACUUGACUACUGCUAAGCAUCAUCUUAAGAACAAAUUUUACAUCUUAAUUUUCAACUUUUAGAUACGAGAAUAUGAAUGGGUUCAUCAGCAGAGCAAGAAGAUGAAAUUCAAUGCACUACUAACCACCUAUGAGAUUUUGCUGAAGGACAAAGUAGGUUAUUAGCAACACAUUUCCUGUAUAUCAGAACAAUAUGUUGUGCUUCUUUUUUUAGUUGAAAAUAUUUUUUUUUCAUGGAAACCAACACUACUGAAUUGCAUCGCUGCUGACAUAACUUAGUAGUCAUAGUCUGCUUUUUAGAUUUAUAUUUGUAAAAUUGAAUGGCAGCAGAUUCAUUGUAGCUUGAAGAUCCAAAUGUUUAACUCUUUUGGAAAUUAAUUUUAGUUGUACACAUAUUCCAUACUACUUCAGUAAGUCCACAAAUUCUAUUUAACUUUGUUAAAAUGAAUGCAAGUGUUUCAUAUGUAACCCGUACAGGUGCAUUAAUAGAAGCACAGCAAAUAUGUCUUUUAAGUGAGCAAACAACCUUUGGCCAGAAUUAAUAGAAUAAUAGAGAGUUAUGCUGAUUAUUCAGUUAUAAAAGAGUUUUUGUGGUCAAACUUUGAAAACAUCGCUUGUUAAAGGAAUUGUUAUUUAUAAAUAUUUUGAAUAUUCCCAUUCUGUUAUUAUUUUAACAUUUACAGAUUGAUUUCCCUAUCCUCCUGCUUAAUUUCUCUUGGGCUGUGUAGCAGUCCAUCAAAUUUAAAAUAUCCCAAAAGCUGAAAUAUAUGUGUGUACAUGUCUGUUAAUGCUUCCUUUGAACUCACUAUAUUGCUUGCAUUUUUAAUCCAUGUUUUCCAUUUUGAGGCUUAUUUUGUUGUUGUUUUUUGUCCUGCAGGCGGUAUUGAGUAGUAUUAACUGGGCAUUUCUUGGGGUGGAUGAAGCACAUCGGUUGAAGAAUGAUGAUUCUUUGCUCUACAAAACACUCAUAGACUUCAAAUCCAACCACAGGUUACUGAUCACAGGGACUCCCCUUCAGAACUCUCUCAAGGAGCUGUGGUCUCUGUUGCACUUUAUCAUGCCAGAGAAGUGAGUAUAAAUAAUGUAACCAACUCCAUGUUAUAGGGUAUUAUUUACCAUCAUGUGUAUUACCAAAAGCCCAGUUUUUACAGGUUAGCUGCAUUGCUGAAUUGAAAAAAGCUGCAUCCCUAUGUGCUGGGGAGAUCUUAGGUAUUUGUCAGAUGGCCUGAAAACUGUUUGACCAGAACAGAGGUUAUGUAAUUACAGCCUGCUUACACUACAAUAAGCUGUAGUGAUUAUGGUAUUUAGAUUGUUCAUUUUAAGGACUCAGAAUGUUCUUUACAAUUAUAGAAUAUCAAUGCCAGGAAAAUGCAUACUUGUUUGCAGGAGACUUCUAAUGAAUAGAUGUUACAUGAUAGCUGCCAAAUACAGCUAAAUGUUUAUUAUGACUUUUUUUAGGUUUGAAUAUUGGGAGGACUUUGAAGACGAGCACGGCAAAGGGAGAGAUAAUGGGUACCAGAGUCUACACAAGGUCCUAGAACCCUUCCUUUUGCGCAGAGUCAAAAAGGAUGUGGAGAAGUCUCUACCAGCCAAAGUAGAACAGAUCCUGCGAAUAGAGAUGUGCGCUUUGCAGAAGCAGUAUUACAAGUAAGUCUCCUCCUUGUCAAUGCAAAAGUGAGAUGAUCCAAGUCGGAUUUAAGGACUGUGAUAUCGUAUUGAUAUAAGCUAAAAGCUAACAUCCUGGAUUAAUGCAAUCAAAAUUGUAAUCUCCCCACUUUUUUGUUUUGCCAACAGGUGGAUAUUAACAAGGAACUACAGGGCUUUAUCCAAGGGAACAAGAGGUAGCACAUCUGGCUUUCUUAACAUUGUCAUGGAAUUGAAGAAGUGCUGCAACCACUGUUUUCUCAUCAAAUACCCAGAGGAGAUAGAGAAGGAGAGCAAACAAGAGGGUUUGCAGGUUAGUGAAUAAAAAAAAGUACAUGUGAGUUUAGCUUUCUCAGUAGUUGCAAUAGUAAGUAAAGUAAAGAAAUGUAAGCAUUAUUAUUUCUAUGUUUUAGUCAACCCAGUAAGUACUCCACCCCCCAAAAAAAUGUAAUAAAUCAAUGGAUGCUAAUGCAGCAUUUAGCACACUAAUCAUUAUAUAAAGUAAAGGCCUGAUGUUUAACUUUAUGUGGACAUUUUUUAUGUAUCUCUUUCAGCACCAGUGAAUGCUUUAUUUCAUAACAAUAAUUCCAUGUUGGUUUGCUAUAGCCUAGAGGUGGAAUUAUAUUGCAUAGCACUGUAAAGGGCCAAUGUAGAUUGCCAUAACAAUCAAUUUCUGAUUACUCUAUGCUAUAGAACAGGGGUGCCCAAAAGGUUGAACCCCAGAUGUUUUAAACCUACAACUUCCAUGAUACUUUAUAAUUUAAAGGCAUGCAAAGCAUCAUGGGAGUUGUAGUUCUUCCACAUCGGUGGAAUCUACCUUUUGGGCACCUCUGCCAUAGAAUGUCAAGGGAAAAAAAGGCUUUAAAAACGUGUCCAGCCUCCUCUUUGUAGGACAUGGUACCUGACCAUCCCACAUUUAGGUUUGUGUAUAAGGGAGCAUAAGCUAAGGUAGACCUCUCAGAGACGUAAUUGGUCAUUGUAAGAAUUUUUCUCCCCCCAGACUUUAAUUAGGAGCAGUGGGAAACUAAUUCUUCUGGACAAGCUGCUGACAAGACUGCGUGAACGAGGGAACAGAGUGCUUAUUUUUUCCCAAAUGGUGCGCAUGCUGGACAUCUUAGCAGAAUACCUGACAAUCCGACACUACCCUUUCCAGGUAAUGCAGUAGAAAAAAUAAAUAGUAUUCAGGUUUAGAACAAUUGUGGUUAUAUGAUGGAUUGCGGGUUUUUAAAGGAAAGCGUUAUUUCUGUGAAUGGACCUUUCUAUCACAUCCACAUCCUCAUUAUUAAGAUGUCUGAAUUUUAGAACCUUUGAAAAUUUGUUUUAAAUAGACAUACUAUUUAACUGUGAUUUGUUCUGCCUGGUGUGGGUCUGUACAAUAUCUGCAGAAUUUGAUAGUCCCAUUAGUGCUGAGAAGUGCAAUUUCUGCAGUAAUCCAAGAGUACAGUAAAAUAUAUGGAGUUUGUUUACAGCAGUAGCCACACUGAUUAAAAAAGAGACACUAGACACGAGUGAGACCCAUAUUUACUAAGUGUAAUAGAGUUACUUGCUAAAGGGAAUUUCAAAUUUAAGGCCAGACUAGCAAAACUAAAAGAAUAGACUGAGAGAUUUUUCCUGUUCAGUUACUUUGAGCUUGAUUUUGAAAUUCACUCUGAAUUCUCACUUUAGUAAAUAACCCCAUAUAAAGCAAGUAAAAAAAGUAAACAUAUUACUUAAAAUUUAUUUUUUAUUCUUUACCUUUAUAAUUUUUUUGGGGGGGGACUGUGAAUGAGUCCAACUUUAACUCCAUUGUAAACACAGUUUAAAAGACCAUGCAAAUUGUGUCUUGUAAACCAGUCUGCAAGGUGUGCUAGUUCCUUUACUCGACCAAAGAGUUAAGUCGCAGACCACUAGUUGUCCAAUACUCUGUAAGGAGAUCUGUCUGGUCACAGGGCCUCUAUUUGGAGGGAAUAACCACCAAAGUUAUUUUUAAUCCCUGGUGAUUCAGAAUUAGAGUAGCUCAUAUUGAAUUUCUCACUUCGAUCUCCUGCACAGGGCGUUUCCAUAAUACUAGUUUAUGUUUUCUAUUCCUGCAGAGAUUGGAUGGCUCAAUAAAGGGGGAACUUCGGAAGCAAGCCCUGGAUCACUUUAAUGCUGAAGGAUCAGAGGUAGGACUAAAGUAACAAGAUGGUAAUAUUAAAAUAUUUUCUUUGACAACACUCUGUGCCCCAAGGUGAUACUGCUUCAUGGAAAUCAUUUACAGGUUUUUCACUGUAGUGUAAUUUUUUUGUGAAUUUCAAAUUACAGACCAAAAAUAGCCAAACUGGAAACAUAGCUGAUGUGGAGAAUUUUUCCAUUUCAGAACUUUUGGCCUUUACAUUUGAUGUUCACUUUGAAUUCCCAGCAGUUGUCACUUUAUUAAAUAACCUUGUGAGGAUUCCAGAAUAUACUUCAAAUGUGUUUCAGUUGACUAGUGGUUCUAUGACCCUCACUUUGCAUUUGCCAUCUCAGAUUGAUAUUCCUUUAAUUGAAAAGCAUGUUUCAAUUUGUAAACUGUAGUAUAAGGUAAUAGCUGUAUGUUGCACGGCUGCAUUAGACCAGUUGUGUUACUCAAAUAUUCCCUGUAUUGAUUGCUUUACAUUUCAAUACUUUUCAGGACUUUUGCUUCCUGCUCUCCACACGGGCUGGUGGUCUGGGGAUCAACUUGGCUUCUGCUGACACUGUAGUCAUAUUCGAUUCUGAUUGGAAUCCCCAGAAUGACUUGCAGGCUCAAGCAAGAGCUCAUCGAAUAGGCCAGAAGAAACAGGUUAGCGAUUUCCCUAUUAAAUUGCAUUGAAUUGUAUAUCCACUAUAAGUACAUUUUAAUUUCAAGAUCCAGGUUUUGCUGCUAUCAAUUGUUCCUUGGUUAGUUUAUGCAAAAUUAACCAGCACAUGCUAAGCACUCAGUAGGAUACCACUGAUAUUCCUGCAAAUGAUGUAGCUAGAUAGAUGUUUUUAGUUUUCUUGCUGAAGAUUGCUGCCUGUAAUUGUUUCCCACAGGGUCUAUCUAUUCAUAUAUCAUGUUAUCAAGUGAAAUGUAUAUAAUUAAGUUUAAAGGAACCCUCCAAGUUCUGCACACUCUUACCCUCUAUAUUGGAGGGGUUGUAUAUUUGUCUAUGGAAUGGCUGCCAAACUACUGUUUGAUACUUCAUAAUGAUAUUAGUUUACAUUAGGAGUGUACUUGAUACUGAUACAUUCUUCAUGUCAUGUGGAUAUGAACAAUGGAAAACCAAUUGCACUAUAUUGCAGGUAAAUAUAUACAGACUUGUUACUAAGAACACUGUGGAGGAAGAGAUCAUCGAACGGGCAAAAAAGAAAAUGGUUCUGGACCAUCUUGUAAUCCAACGCAUGGAUACCACAGGCAGGACAGUGCUGGACAACAACAACUCUGGAAGUUCAAAGUAAGAACAGUUGAUAUAUGUAUCAUCCCAUCAGAUUAUGGGAUCCUUGUUUGUUUUGUUUUGAGUUUUAGGGGUGUGUUUUUUGUUUAUAUGGAUUCCUGAUUUGCUCUUUACAGUUCCAAUCCAUUUAACAAAGAAGAACUUGCUGCUAUUCUAAAGUUUGGUGCUGCGGACCUUUUUAAGGAACCUGAAGGUGAAGAGUCAGAGCCUCAGGUUAGUAACUUUUUAGUUAGAGCUAGUUAUGAAAAAUCUACUGUGUGUCACUGGAAUAAAUGUAUGAAGUAAAAGUAGUUUGUGUUGGUAAGUACAACUUCUGAUUAUUGCCAUGUUACUUUCCUAUUUCUUAUCCCAUAGAUGAAUACACACAUUCUAAUUUCAAGGGCUUUGUUUUGCUAGUGUUUGAUUGUUUUCCUAAGACUCGCUUUAAUUUCUUUCUGUUUUCUAUCAGGAAAUGGACAUCGAUGAGAUUUUACGCAUGGCUGAAACAAGGGAGAAUGAGCCAGUGUCCACUGCCACCGAUGAGCUUUUGUCUCAGUUCAAGGUACAAUGGUAGUAUUAUUAUAUUACAUUUGUUUGUGAAUAAAUUCAAUUAUUUUUCUGUCUGUGCCAGGUCCCUCUAGGAUUAACCCCUUUUUUUAUAAACAUAGCAGUUUCAGUGAAACUGCUAUGUUUAGAAAUGGGUUAAUCCAGCCUCCAAAUCCUCUAGUGGCUGUCUCAUUGACAGCUGCUAGAGGCGCUUGCGUGCUUCUCACUGUGAAAAUCACAGUGAGAAGACGCCAGCUUCCAUGGGAAAGCAUUAUAAAUGCUUUCCUAUGAGACCGGCUGAAUGCGCGCGCAGCUCUUGCCGCACAUGCGCAUUCAGCCGACGAGGAGGAGGAGAGCUCCCCGCCUGGCGCUGAAAUAAAGGUAAAUGUAACCCCUCUACUCGCCAUCCAGCCCGGCGGGAGGGGGUCCCUGAGGGUGGGGGCACCCUCAGGGCACUAUAGUGUAUGUUUUCCUGGCACUGUAGUGGUCCUUUAAUGUUUCCUGCUAUAGAAUGUAUUAUGCAUACAAACCUUUUUGUCCUAAUCUGUGCAAAGAAUAUUUCACAAAUGUAUUAAAUUGGUAGUACCAGCUGUGAGUGACGUGGCCAUAAUGCCCUAGUAUUUAGCAUUCUUGUAAAAGACGAUAUAAUGCAGAAUGCUUUUUUUCUGAAAUAUAUAUUUAGGAUAAUGCAUAGUACAAUACAUUAAAAAACAAACUAUCUAUCCUUGUUAAAUAACUUAAUAUUACGAGUAAUAUAAGCGUGCAUUCCAUCUUAAUAAAGCUUGUUUCGGAGUGGAUCUACAUUUCCCUGCAAAUAAAACCUAUUCCUGAAGUUUCCCUUUUAAAUAUUCUGAAUAAAAUAGAAAUUGUACAGGUUAAGGAUAAAGGUCAAUACUGUCCUAUACACCAAUGUUUUCCUUUGGGGGAACACAAACAUUAAUAUAAUCAAGAAAAUGUAUUAUUCGUUUUACUAUGGAUAAAAAUAUCCUUUGAAACCUACAUCGUUUUUUAACGGACUGAAUGGAGAGAACAAGAAAUGAUAAAGCUGCAUUUAGCUGGUGGCAUUCCCAGACAUCUUCAAUUUCCUUAACCCAUCUCUGUUUCUUUCAGGUGGCCAACUUUACAACUAUGGAGGAAGCCGAGCCAGACUUAGAAGACAAAGUACAUGAUUGGGAUGACAUCAUUCCUGAAGGACAGCGGAAGAAAAUAGAAGAUGAAGAGCGACAGAAAGAGCUAGAGGAGAUUUAUAUGCUUCCCAGAAUUAGGAGUUUGAAUAAAAAGGUGGGAACUAAGUGAAUUUCAGCACUAUUGUAGUAUCCUGUGUUUAACAGGUUGUAAAACAAGACUUUACUUAAAAUCUGAUGUUUUUUGUAGUUCUUCUGUUCGUGCAUAUUGGAUGAUCUAAAAUCUCACCUAGUGCUGCAGUUGAUAUGUGGUCAUCCCUAGCGUGCGUUAAAAGAAUCCUGCCAAACUUGUGCAUUCUCAAAAUGUUAUAUAAUUUAUCUAUACAUAAUUUUCACAGUGGUGAGCUUAAAUAUAAAAUUAAGUCCUACCUAAUAGGUGUAAUAUGAGGUUUUAUAAUCCUUUCAGGCUCCAGCAAAUGAUAGUGAAUCUGAUUUGGAGUCCAAACAGAAAGCUCAGCGUUCCUCUGGAUCGGAGAGUGACUCAGACGACUCGGAUGAUGAAAAGAAACCUAAACGCAGAGGACGUCCUCGCAGCGUUAGGAAGGAUAACGUUGAGGGAUUUACAGAUGCAGAGAUCAGAAGGUCAGUGACCUAGAUUUUUAAGUCUAUGAAGCUCCCCUUUCACUGGCUGGAAACGUGUAGCUUUGUGGAUGAUUUGGUGGUAUAAACGGAGUACAUAACUAGCUAAAAGUGUUCCCAAAGGCUUAAAGGGACACUAUAGGCACCCAGACCACUUCCGCUCAUUGAGUGGUCUUGGUGCUGUGUCCCUUUUGCACUUAGUGCAAUGUUUACAUUACAGCUCUAAGUCUGCCCUAACUGUCUAACAGAACAGCCACUAGAGGGCUUCCAGGAAUCCAAACAGAAUUUUGGUCCGUUAUCUGACGCUGGACAUCCACAUGGACCUCCAGCUUCAGAUUUUCCCCAUUGGAAAGAAUUAAAUAAUGCUUUCCUAUGGGGAGGCCUAAUGCGUGCGAGCCCAUUGCCGCACAUGCGCAUUAGGUCUCACCUGUUGUUUUUAACCCCUUCAGCCCCGUGGGAGGACGGGUGCGAGGGAGGUGGGGACCUAUUAACCCUAUAGUGCCUGGAAAACUGCUUUGUUUUUUUGGCACUAUAGGAUCCCUUUAUCAUUGGCAAACAAGAUACAUCUGAUCUGUCCAUUAUUGUAUCUUGAUGGAAAGGCUUCUGUUGAAAAUAACUAGCUACAUCAUAAGAUUCUGUGGUAGAUGAUAGACAAGAGUUUCUCGGAUCCCAUCCUUAUUUUCACUGGACUCGACUGUUGCGGCUUGACUUUAAUUUUCAUAUUUUAUUCAAAGCCUAUCUUGUCACUCCAAUGGACCAGAGAUUUAGCUCUUUAAUUGUUUUUGUAACCUAGCAUCCCGACUAAAAAAGGCCAUAAACAAACAUGUUCUACCAUUGUAACAGAAAAAUAAUAGAGAUUGUCUGAGUGGUGUGAGCAAUCCCGUCUCCAGCAUUCUGUCCUGAUCAGUGUCAUCAAAACUGGGAACAUUGAUCAUGCAGAAGUACUAACUGUGCAUUGUUAAUGCAGCCAUGAUGAGAUUGGUUUUCAAAGACACUUUGUCUAUUUCAAACAAUUAUUAAACAUUUAGAUUACAUCAGGUGAUGGCACCAGAGGACUCAUGGCUGCCGAACCACUACAGUUGGCUUCGAUUGUUUAAAGUGCCCAUUUAAUUUUGAGUCCUACUUUCCUUGUUCUCUGCACAUAAUUGCACAUUUUGAAUUUAUAUUCUCAUUUCAUUUGUAGAAGAAUGGUUUUGUUCUUAUUUGGAUGUUUUUUUUAUUAGGUUUAUCAAGGCAUAUAAGAAGUUUGCUACUCCACUUGAAAGGUAUGUUUCUAGAGUACGAUACAAUGUUUUUUUCCAUGUUACCAUGUUGAGUGUCAGUAGCCAUCAUGUUUCUGUUCUCUAUAUAACAGACUCGAGUGCAUUGCUCGGGAUGCAGAACUUCUGGAGAAAUCUGUUGCAGACUUACAGAGACUGGGUGAACUAUUACACAACAGCUGCACUUCUGCCAUGCAGGAGUUUGAGGAACAGUUAAAGGAAAACCCUACAGAUGGUAUGUAAUCUGCAUGCUUUCUGUUCAAAUGUAUAUAUUUAAUAUAUCUAAACAUUUUAAUUUGUUAUAUUAAUAAUCCUUAAGAAUAUUACCCACCAUCAAAUUUACCUUGAUGCACUACUUGAUGGUUCUGCCUCCAGUUGAAUGCAGACUCUCCCACACCAGGAUGAGACGCUCCAAUCAGGAACAUCUCACAGUGGUCUAUGGAGACUGAUCUUAUCCCAUAACGUCCUCUCGGGUCGGUGGUAUUGAAUAAGUAGUUUAACCCUGUCCUUCAGUUCCAAUUAUCACAUACAUUGACUUAGUGCUGCAUUAUAAAUGGAUAGCAGCCAUACUGUCACUGUUUUAAAUGUUUCCACAGCACAGUUUACGGUUAGUGAACUGGACUUCUGUCUGCUAUUAGCUGGGCUGUACAUGCACAUUAGAGUGGGAUCAGGUUACUCUAAGAACCCUGCACUUUUCAAUAAUUUGUAGUGCGCAUGGUGCUUAUUUAUUUGAACAGCUCUUUUAUCUAAACUAACCCUUAUAAAGGGAUACACUUUAGCAGUUUAUUGUGUAGAUCGUGCCCCUCCAGUCUCACUGCUCUAUUCUCUGCCAUUUAGGAUUUAAAUCACUUUGUUUAUACAGCCCUAGCUUCACCUUCCCUGGCUGAAACUCAAACAGCUUCCAUGGGAAAAAAAGAAUACAGCACAAGUGUGUUUAUUUAGAAGUGACUUUUUUCUCGCUCUGUUGAUUGAACAUUUAGCAUGCACAAUAGCUUUGGGCUAUUGCAGGUAAUUAACAGAGCAGGAGAUAAGAAAUUCAAAUAACUAUGCCAUAAGGAAAGCUAAAGAAUUUCUCUUUUUCAGAAAAUGUGUAGGGAGACUAUGAGAAGCAGGCUUUAUGUGCAUUAUUGCAAUUUAUGUGUUGUAACAUUUUAAUUUAUUUUAUAUUGAAUCAUAUUUCUUUCAUUUUUAAAUACAUAAGUUAUAUCUCAUUUAAUCUGGUCCCAUAUAAUAUAAUAAUAAAAAUAUAGUGUUACGGUGACAUACAUUUUUAAGCAAAAUUAUAUAUUAUAUUCUAAUAGGUAAAGGUCCGGGUAAGAGGAGGGGUCCAACUAUCAAAAUCUCUGGUGUCCAGGUGAACGUUAAAGCCAUUGUCCAACAUGAGGAAGACUUUGAAAUUCUCAAGAAAUCCAUUCCAGCAGAUCCGGAGGAAAGGAAAAAGUGAGUGGAUAUUGUAAAUCUCUAUGAUUCCAUCUACAUUCUUUCCUAAAUUAUAGUUUGUCUGUACAAGAGAAGUAGAUCUGGAAUCUCUCUUGCAUUCUCAGUUAGCAGAUUAGAUCUUUGUUUGCUCUCCUAUACCAAUAUGAUAAAAGGUCCCACAAGAAUCUAUUUGUUGUAUACUCACAUGCCCUGUUUUCGUAGACGGUUGGAGUUUAGGAAAUAAAGCCAAUGUAGCCUGCUCUAAAACGAAAGGUUACAGUGUACACUACAUAGUUUACUAGUAUGGAUAUUCUAUUAUCUAUAGUUGGUUCUGUGCCUGCCGCAAUUAAAAUGAUUUAGAACUAUUCAUUUGCUGAAAAAAAAAACUCCUGUGGAUUUUUUUACAAUUUCUUUUUAUAAAUGAGAACAUUUUCCUCUCUUAUUUUAAGGAAUAUUUACACAAUACAACAUGACAUACAUUACACAAUACAACAUGACAUACAUUACAUUCAAGAUUUAAACAAAGUGUAGUUGACACAGGGGACAAAAAAUAAUGCCCAAUUUGUGGUCUGAAUUAGAUCACCCUAAAUGCCUAUCAGCACUAUAAAACGUAUGAUUUUUAGUGUCCUGGUAUAUUUGCUUUGACGAACUGUCUAUAGUUUACUGUAGAUUUGUUGUCUUAAUUUAAAAGAUAACUCUCACAAAAUAUCUCUAACCUAUGUUACUCUACAUGGCUUAGAUUCCGAUUGGCCAGCCGGGUUAAAGCUGCCCAUUUUGAUGUCGACUGGGAUGUUGAAGAUGAUUCACAUUUGCUCCUUGCAAUUUUUGAACAUGGUUACGGAAACUGGGAACUGAUUAAAAGUGAUCCAGAAUAUAAAUUAACCGAGAAGGUAGGUGUGGGUUUGAUUUGUGUGUAAAAUGGGUAACUGAUUUAUAUUUUACCUUGUGUGUCAUGCAGUUUAAUUCUUUGAUGAUCGUGAUGGUCUGAAUGUGGAUUCUGCUCAUCAGGCUAGAUAAAAGCAAUUGUUUUAAAUAUGCACUGCUCUUGUGUGGUUUGUUACACGUUUUCUAAAUUAAGUCCCUAUUAAUCUAUAAUUUAUGGGUUAAUUUUUUUCCCAAUCAUUCUCGUUUGGAUGUUCAUCAGGUAAUUUUUGUUUUUUUUUCUAUCCAACCAUGUAUAAAUUGAAAAUUGAAGAAUAUUGUUCAAUAUGUACUUAGAGGAAAGAGCUUCUUAAUGCUUUUUAAAUUUUAAUUGUAGGCUUUUAAGCCUGAUAGAUUGUUGAAUGUCAUUUUUAGAGACUAAAGGAGGUAAGCGUUACAUAGUUCCAUAGCUGAAAAGAGACUUGCGUCCAUCAAGUUCAGCCUUCCUGACAUAUGUUUUUGCAGUUGAUCCAAAAGAAGGCAAAACACCUAGUCUGAAAUGCUUCCAAUUUUGCAACAAACUAGGAAAAAAAAAUCCCGCACUAAUUAGAAAUUAUAUCCCUGUAUGUUAUGUUUUUGGAAGUAUUUAUCCAAUUGCUGUUUAAACACCUGUAUGGACUCUGAUAAAACCACUUCUUCAGGCCGAGAAUUGCACAUCCUUAUAGUUCUUACUGUAAAAAAAAAAAAAAAAAGCUUUUCUUUGCCUUAGAUUAAAUCUCCUUUCUUCCAGCCUAAAUGCGUGACCUUUUGUCCUAUGUACAGCCCUGUUUAUGAAUACAUUUCCAGAUAAUGGUUUAUACUGGCCCAAGUAUAUUUUUAUAAUAUACAGCAGCAUAAAAAUAUAUCUUAUAACCCAUUAUCAGUAAUUUUAUUUUGUAAUAUUUGGGCUAAUUUUUUUUAUCACACGGCUACAAAGAAGUUUGGCAGAAAACUGAGGGAUGGAAUAAAAUUAUUGAUAAUAGUUAAAAAUGAAUAUUCUAGGGUGCUGUUCACACCAUAGCCACAACACUGAACCCUCAAGAAACACACACAAAUUCCAAAGUUAGUGAUGUAGAAAUAACAAAAAAACUUAUUCCUAAACAUAUGAAUAAAAAGCCUGCAGUCUAAACUGUUUCAAUAAACAUUUCAGGAAGAUUGAGGGUUAUAUCAAAGGGAGUGUUCUUUGCAAAGGAAACACUUAACCAUUCCAAAACUAUUCACUGAUAUGAAAGUGGCCAGUGGCACACUAAGUAAAUGAUAAAAAGUUAGAGGAAGGAAUUAAAUGUGAAGAUCGAUUACAUGUGGUGUGCACAGUAUUUGACGGUCAUCAAAAAUCAUAUGGUUAAUACUCUUUUAUAAUAAACAUUUAUUUGCAGAUUUUGCCUGUUGAAACAGAGAAGAAGCCACAAGGUAAACAUUUACAAUCAAGAGCAGACUACUUAUUGAAACUCCUAAGGAAAGAAAUGGAAAAGAAGGAGGGCAGUCAAGGAGAAGAGGUACGGGGAUUAUUUUCAGUAAAGUCCACUUGGCACGAAGGGAUGACUUUUGUUAAUUUUGUUUUAUAUAUUCCGAACUAGGGUGAAAUUUUGAAGUAUUGUUAUACUGUGCCUCCAUCCAUUAAUAGACCAUCCAUAACUAAAAUCUGCACAUUGCUUAUCUACUUGUAGACUAAAUUAAAGAGAAGGAAACCUCGUGCAAAAAAAGAUAGUACAGUCAAGGGGAAAGAUGAGCACGGCAAUGAUCUCUCUUCUCCCAAACACUCUGACAACCCAUCGGAAGAGGGAGAAGUGAAGGUGAGCCAAGCCUAUGUGACUCUAUGAAUGGGAGCAGAUUAUAGGCAAUGGUUUAGGAAGAGUAUCAUGUGAACAGUUAAAUAAUAGUAUUUAAUAUUAUUAGGCCAUUGUCUGCUGCAAAUAUAUUCUAUAGCUCUGGGUAUGUGCAUGUGUGAUUAUUUAAAAGUCCUAAUACAUGUUAUAUCAAUCUUAGGAGGAUGGUACAGAGAAGAGUCCUAGCAAAAAGAAGCAGAAGAAAAAAGAUAAUAAGGAAAAUAAAGAUAAGAAAAACCAAAAGAAGGAAGGAGUCAAAGAGAAAAGAAAAGCCAAGGAAAAAGUAUGUCUAAAUUAGAAAAUGCAUAUCCACCACCAUAUGAGAAAUUCAGAGUUUAUUCACAACCGUCAACUAAAUUUGCUGAUUGUAGAGCCAAAUUAGAAAUGUGGGAACUUUUGAGAUUUCUUUUCUUUCUUAUUAUUUUGGCCUACGCAUAACUCAGUUUAGCUAAUAAAAACCCAAUGUGUCUUCCCAUUGUCUAUAUAUGUAUAAGCUUAACAUUUAUUUUGCUUUUAUUUAAUUUCUCAAAGCCCAAGAAAGGGGAGACUAAGGGUGCUGCUAAAAGCAGGAAGAAUCAAGGACCAGUUCAUAUUACAGCUGGGAAUGAACCGGUUCCCAUUGGGGAGGAUGAGGAAGAUGACUUGGACCAGGAAACCUUCAGCAUUGUAAGCAAUUUUGCAGUUUUUGGUAAAUCUCAGCAACUGCAUAAAGAGAAAUGUGUCAACAUCCCUUUAGUGCUAGACAGACCUUCAUACAUAGAAGAGGUGUGGAAAAAUAAGUGCAUGUUCGUUACCAGCACACAGCAAAUGGUAAAUGAUCAUGGUGCUUUGUAGACAAGUUCUAUUGCUUUGUUUUUUCAUUUAAUUUUCACAUUUUGAUUAUAACUAUGGAGCCCAUUCAGUGGUGUCUGCUUUCGUUGUCAUUUCUACCUGUGAACGAACCUUCCACUCACAUCAGGGUGGAGGUAAAUAGUUCCUUGUAGCAGGUUCCUCUGUUGGUAUGGUAGAAUUUCUGUCUCAGACCAGUCCAGGAAUGUGAUUUGUAGCACCUGCCAAAUACUACUGGUUUUUGUUAAGCAUAUUGUUGUGGGGCCAUUGAAUAAAACAAGGAAUACAAUAAAAUUAACAGUCAGUAGCUUAGAGAAGAAAAAAAAAGACCAGGUUAAACGUCUCUCCAAAUGAAAUUAUUAUUAGGUUAAGCUGUCAUUUUAGGAUAUUGUGUUUAUUCUUUUUGGGGGGAAUUGUUAAAAUGGAUACUUCUUGUUUUGUGAAUGCAUCUACAUUUUCCUUUUCAGUGCAAGGAAAGAAUGAGACCAGUGAAAAAAGCCCUGAAACAGUUAGAUAAACCUGACAAAGGCCUGAGUGUUCAAGAACAGCUGGAGCAUACUCGCACAUGCCUUCUCAAAAUUGGAGAUCGCAUUUCUGAGUGCCUUAAAUCUUACUCUGACCAGGAGCAUGUGAAAAUAUGGAGAAGGUAAGCACUAUGUCUGCCCAUAAAUGCAGUUUAUUUCAAUUCCCAGCAAAUAAUGUUUUUUAAAGUUUCACUUGGAGAACCAUUCCAACUUAUGCUCUCUGUGUAAGUUAUAGUGCAAGGAGGUGUUUCUCACGGCUGUCCAAAUGCUGCAUGAGAUGGCAUGCUAUAGAAAGUGCAUUUCUUCAAACUUGGGUAGUAGGUCCAUACACUUUUCUGACGAAUGAAACCUCUGAGUGCUGAACUACAUAUUCUCUCAACCUCUGCUGAGCAAGAGUUCUUAGGAUAUGCUUAGCACUCAUGUUGAAAACAGGAAAGGAUUAUCAGAUUGUCCAGGUUUGGAGUCUAGUGCCGAUAGCUUUAAAUGGGAACUUCACAGGGGAGUAUUUUUUUAUUUAUUUGCAAAUUUAGUUUUUUUAAAGAAACACACAAAGCAUCAUAACCACUAGAUUUUUGUGUAGAAGUUAUAGUGUAAGGAUGGCCUCUUACACUGAAAUAGAACUUAAAAACCCCCCAAAAACUACACGUGGGCCUCGCUAAUUAAUGCCCCCUCAUGUUAUUAAAGUUAUUAAGGUUUGUCUACCGCAAAAAACUUGGUUGAUCAGUCCACUGUUAAAUGGCUAGCACUUAGCAUACGGUUAAGGAGAGAUCACAAUGUAAUUUUCAUGUUGUUUUGUUUGUUCUGUUUCUAGAAAUCUCUGGAUCUUUGUGUCAAAAUUCACAGAAUUUGAUGCACGAAAACUGCAUAAACUUUACAAGAUGGCACAUAAAAAGCGAUCCCAGGAAGAGGAGGUAAUAUUGCACCUGAUUUCAUUAUUUUGCUUGUUCAACAUGCCUAAUCACUACACAUGAGAAUAGUUUAUUUUCCCGAUAACUCUGGACUUGGAAUUAUGUAUUUGACAUCCACAUUAUUUGCCGUGUGUUAGCGUUAAUUGAAUGUUGCAGUGCGAAAAGAGCAAAGAUUACUCUAAAUGGCCACUUAUGUGUUACACUGGCCUAGUACCACAUGUGCAUUUAGAACAAAUGUCGUACAGUAUACAUAGUUAUGCAGUGAUGAAAAGGUUGUUUAGUUUUCCUUUCUUUUUCUAUGGAAAGGGAGACACUUGGGUGAGAGUGGCAGACUAUACAUGGUAAUCUAAGCCUCUCUGCUCACUUAGAUCACUGAGUGAGUGAGAGACUGGAGAGCAGACAUGCGCAGCAUUGCUAGUUUGGUAUGUGCGUGUCAACAUUUUCUUACCCGUGGUCCUUUUUGAGAGUGAUCACAUUUUGGUAGAUUGCACUAAAUGGCUGAUACUGACAGCUCUGGUCUCUGAUUACGACAUACUGUAAACCAUGACGUGCCUGGAUAGUCACUCCUGUCUAUGGACAGUUUUGUGUCUCUCCUAGCAAAUAAUACAAUGUAAAGCAGUGAAAACUAUUCGUGUGUUUUAAAACAUGUUUGUAUCAUGCUCAUCAGGCACAAAAGAUUAUUAUUAUUAUUAUUAUUAACCUAUUGUACAGCACUAGGAAUAUGUUGGCACUUUAUAAAUAAUUGUAAAAUGUAUUAUCCAAUGCUAACAUGUUAAUACAGUGAAUCUCUUUUAUAGGAUAUAUGGAUAUAUAGAAGCUAAAUCUUUUAAACUAGUACAUUUUUAGCUAAUUUGACACUGUUUUAGUACUUUUUAACUUGAAAAUAGUAUACAUGCCUUAAAAUUACAAUCUGUAUAAUAAAAUGGAGGUUAUGCAAAAGUAUAUUUGUUGUUUCUACAUAUUGCUGAUGCCAAGAGUCACUAAACUUAAUACGUUUACAUUUUUUAGAGUCAGCCAUUGCCUUUGAAAUAUUUGUCUUCCAAGUCUAGUUAAAAAAAAAAAAGUUUUUUUUUUUUUUUUUUUUUUUUUAAUUCUUAUUUAUUUUUAAUUACUAUUUAGGGAUUCCUAGUUUAAAGUGGUGUUCUACAUGUGAUCAUGACUUUAGGAACAAUGUUUCAAUUCCCAUUUUCUUUCAAUAAAUCAUAUCAAAUCGUUGUUACUGAUUCUUAUAAUUUCAGGAGCAAAAGAAAAAGAAUGUACCCAUCAAGAAGCCAUUUAGGCCAGAGCCGUCGGGUUCUAGUAGGGACUCUGUUGCUUCCCAGUCUCACGGGCCCCAUGGGCAACAGAAGCCUCACCCUAUCCCACCUCAUGCACAACAAAUGCAUGGGCAUCCAAGAGAGAACUAUGGCAGUCCAAACAAAAGACCCUUUAACACAGGUGAGCAAAGUACCUGAGAUAUUCUACAGAUCAGAGAAGUCUAUUAGGUGGGGGGGGGGGGGGGGGGGAGAGAGGUGUAUAUUAAAAGAAUGUAUCUAUGUAUUGACAAGAACUUGUUUCUGAUCACUUUUUUAUAUUGGGACAUUAAAAUAUAUCUAUUUCUGUAGAGAGAGGUGAAUGGAGAGAACGUAAAUUCAACUAUCGAGGUGGUGGCAAUAACAACAGCAACCAGCCUUGGGGGGGAGCAAACCAUCAUCACCAAUAUGACCAGCACCGAUACAAGGAUCAUCAUUAUUCUGAGCGCCGACCUCAUGGAGAUCCUCGCAGGAACUCUGCAAACUAUAGGCCAAACAAUGGUCCCCGUAAAAGACCAUAUGACCAGUACAACAACGAGCGAGAUCACAGAGGACACAGAGAUUAUUAUGAUCGGUAACUAUUUAGGAUUAUUUAAAGUUGUUUGUUAUUGCUUUGUUUUAAUAUGUUUAUAUUUUUUUUAUACACCUUGGACCCUCCAUAACCAUCCCAGUAUUAGAAAUCCAUACCUACAUGAGAACAGGUGGCUGUGUUGGUUCAAAUCAUAAAGCAUUAUGCAGUCAUUGGUUCCAACUAAUGCUCCAGCCAUCUACAAUGUUCUGUGCCAUAAUGUUGAUUAUUUGAUCCCCUCUCAUGUUCUUGUGAGCUAGUACAAUACUGAGUAAACUAGAAAGUGCCUUACCAAAAUAUUUUUUUUGCACUCCAGGCUACAAUAAACCAUUUUUUUCUCUGUAUAGAUUGUGUAUUAAACUAUUUGACCAAUAAAAAAAGGAACUAAAAAUAAUAAAACAUUUGAAGUUCCUACAUAUGUUUAAAUUCCCAUGCUUUUCAGCCUUUGCAGUGGGUCAUGCACACAACCACAAGGGAUUCCUGUCCAAUCAGGCUCACAUAAUCUUUUGUGGUAGUAUUUAGCUUAUCCCAUAAAUGUGUACUGCAGAGCUUCAUUGGUUUCUGGUAACCUUGUCAUUGACUUUCCACUGUGAAAGAGUGAUGUCUGGGCUUAAACUUCCAGAAAUUCCCCUUAUGCAGCUGCAAAUACUUGUGUGGACAAAGAGUGAGCACAGCUUCCCUCCGUAACACGUUUGAGUGAAAGAGUGGUCUUUGAAAUGCACAAGUUGUGUACAAAUUUACAUUAUUAUAUUAAAAAAUCAGUAAUUUAAACUAGGGGGGUUUAGUCCCAAAAAGAGUAUGCUUUAAAAACAUUUUGGGCUAAAUUAAAGGAACUCUCCAGGCAGAGUAGUUUACUCACCUGGUUCCAGUGCCGGGAGCCUCGUGAAGCCGCGCCUCCUAUUUCUUAAAACUGCCUAAUCCCUUUUUUAUUAUUUUCUUUUUUUCCCUUUUUUUUUCUUUCCUUUAUAUAAUUUUUUUUAUCUUCUUUCCUUUUUUUCUUUCCCAUUCCUUUCCUUAAAAAAAAAAAAACCCCACAAGAUUUAAAAGCCAGAUUGGAUAAUAGUAUAGCUCUAGGAGUGUAUACUUUGUGCAGGGAAUAUGUCCGAGGUAUAAACAGAAGUCAUGUGAGCAUACACCAAGUUAACUAGUGAAAUGAGAUUGGCAGGCAUUAAUAUAUAUCUAUAUCAGAUAGACAAUACUGUGUCUUACUAUAGUGAACUUAUGUAAAAAUAAGAUUACAUAUAGAAUCAAGCAUAAUGCAUAAAAUGUAAUGGUGUCCAAUUAGCGAUGGCUGCUCGUAGGCAGUCAUUUUUUCCCUUCCCUUUUUCCUUUCUCUUUUUCUCCUUUGUUAGUAAGAUUUUGUAUUGGCCACUGUGGUUGUAUCAAAAAAAGUACAGAGUGAACGUAAGUACACAGUUAAACCGUUUUUUCCAUAAUAUGGCAUACCGAGUUGAGAGCCACGGAGGGCUGAGUGAAACAAAUAACAUGUUGGUAAACAGGGACUUAAAGUCCGCGGUCCAGUUACAUAGCACGUCAGACGUGUAGUGCUCUUAUAUGAACUAAAGUGGUGCCACGAUGCAGUGAACCUAGCGUGCAGGGGUUGUCCAUGCAUUUGCCUAGUUGUUUCCCUAGCUGUGUGAGUAACCUGUACCAGGCACAAGAACACUUUUAAUCAUAACUGUUCACACUUACAGUAUAAUUCACCAAUUUUCAACUUGUAGCGAAUUCAAAUCUGACUUAAAGCUGUGAUGUGAGUUGCAUAAUGUUUCCAAAUCAGAUAUUUUAGCCUCAGUUUUGCUAUUCAGCUAGUUAAUGGUUUUGUUUUAUUUUUUCCUUUGCAGACAUCACCAUGACAACAAGAGAAGAAGAUCUGAUGAAUUCCGUCCUCAGGGCUACCACCAGCAAGACUUCAGAAGAAUGGGGCCAGACCAUAGGCCCCCGGUGGGAUAUCAUGGGCAAGGACCUCCAGAUCAUUACCGCUCCUUCCAUCCAGAAAAAUCUGGGGAGUAUAAGAGCACAUCUCAGCAAUCUUCCACACUUUCAGAUCCUCGUUCUCCCCCGACUCAAAAAUCCCCUCAUGAAUCUAAAUCCCCACUGGACAGAUCAUUAGAACAGAAAAGUACUGAUUACAACUGGAAUGCUCGGAAAACCUAAAAUAGGUGCAUAAUGUCUUGGGCGGACCUAAUUGAUUUUCUUUGAAAGAAAAAGACUGGAAGGCUCAAGUCCUGGAUAUUUGGUCCUAAUGACACUUCACAGUUGGCCACUUGAUGCAACAAGGCCUUUGCUGCUACAAAAAAAAACUAAUCCUAAUUGUUUCCCAGACGAGUAAUAGGUUUUGGAAACCCAUCAUGUGUAAUAUGACUGCUUUAUGGGAAGAUUACCAAUACCUGUGCCAAGAAUAUGAAUUUGACCAGAACAUUUCUAGUACCCUUAACACGUAUCCAUCUUACCAUUUCAAAAUGAGCCAAUAUACUAUUUUCCCACAAACACAUCAAGUGGGAUUGUGAGGCUGGAUGUUACAAAUCUUUGUUGAAGGAUUAAAGUGGCAGGCUCUUUCUGACAUUUCAUGGCCUCAUGGAUGGAGUCCUAUUAAAUGUAUUAGACUGGAGUCUAGUGCGUAUUCCGCAAGCUACUGAUGCAGUGUCUACCAGCAAACCAGUGCAUUCUCCAAGAUCUGUAUGCUAUAGAUUUAUUUUUUUUCCUCUUGCUUUUUUUUUUUUUUUGCAAGUUUUACAGAAGGGGAUACAAAGGCAGUAAUAUAGAGUUGAGGAAAUGGACCUAAUAGGAAAAUCUCAGUUCAUAUUCAUGCUCUUCAAAUAUUUCAGAAUGUUCCCAGUGUGUUCGAUCAUGUUGUCAUGGGAACGGCACAGAAUCAGAUUUCAUAGCUUUUGAAAGUGUACAUAUAUGAAUCUCUCUGGAAUUUCAUUGCACAUAUGAGAAUUAAAUAUGGGCAAAUGCUUGAACACGUAUUUGUAUUUACCCAUCACCCCUCACCCUUCCACCAAAAUGGUUGCAGAAAUAUUGGUAGAACAAUGGUCGUUCUUUAUUUUUCUAUUCCUUGGUUUGUUUUUUUUUACAUGAAAUUUCUUACACUGCAUUAAGUUUGCAGUUGACAAAAGAGAUCGGCUUGGUCACUUGUAAGAUACUACAUCAGUGUUCAUUAAAAUAUGAAUGCACUUGUAGUGCCCACAGCAUGGUUAAAAAGUAAAUCUGGUAACUCACCACGUUAGAACAUUUGUAGAUCACGUCUUGAACACUGAGAUGCCAGUUGCCACUCUCUGUUUGUAACAAGUCGUACUUCUUCUCCAGCCCCAUGGAAUAUAAUAAUGUAUAGUUAUCCCGACUCUCAUUCUCACUAUCCAUUUACUAUUCCCAGGUGGAAGUGUGGCACCCUUGCAAUGCACAUAGUGGCCAGUGUUGUUCCUGUUGCUAAGCACAAGUUAUUUCAUACUUAACACAGCCUUGGCCUACUGGAUGCUUUCAAAGAAAAUGUACAUGAAAUAUUGGGAAGUGUGAUUGCUUGACAUUUUUUUGAAAGCUCCCGCAACCUUUUCAUUAAAAAACAUAUUUCCUAGAUAUGACAAAUAAUACAUUGCAUUAUAACGGAUCUCUGUUUAUUUUGUCUCCUCAAAGCUUAAUUGAACCAAAAAAAUUAAUAAUUGGAAGAUACAGUUCUUCCCUCCACAGUAUUGGGUCACUGGUAACCUCUGCACUUUUUAAAUUCUUGUUAUUGAAGAAUUUUACAACAUCCUGUACACAGAAAGACAUCCAAUCACUAACAUGUCCUGUCACUGCCAGGCAGCCUAAGAGUUCUUCCCAGUUCUACCUACAGUUGGUACGGUAAAAAGGUUGUGGCACACUAAUUUAAACAACAUUAUUUAUAAGUGGUUAAAAAGAUUUAUUUUUUUGCCUAGAUUUCAGGAUAUAAUGAAAGACGGUUGUUUCAUGGAUCUACAUUCGUUUUUAAGGAAAAAUAAGAUAAACUGCACUCAUUAUGUUACAAAACAAAUGAACACAUCUUCCUUUAAAAUUGCACAGUUUAUUGAUGACGGUUGGAAUAUUGACCCUUCAUAUUGGAAGAUUGAUGUCAGGCAUAUUUACCUGUUCUGGGUAAAAGUGUCAACAAACAUUUUUCUGAGUUCUCCCACACAACUAACCAAUAAUGUCCUGGAAUCAGACAAUGGAUACAUUCGAGGACUGGGAUUGGCCAAAGGACUGUGCAAUUUGCCUCUGAAAGAAUCCUGCUUGACUUACUUGGCACUUGCAAGUAUUAUUGGCGUAGAAACAAUUGUCCGAGUUCUUAAAUUGAAUACAUUUUGCACAAAAAUAUUUUAAAUAAAAAAAAAGGGGGGGGGGGUUGCGGUGUCCUAUUAAGGUAUUAUUGAUUUUGAACUUUUUGGCCUGGUGUUUAUCAUUUGUGUUCUGCUCUUUGAGACAGAAACAUUGAGUGCCUUAGUUUAAUGUCUUUAAUGUAUAAUUAAGCCAUGCAAAAUUGUCGCCUAGAACAGGAAGGGUAUCUCCUUUGUUGUGGCAUGUGUGUCAUACCUGCAGCAGAUAUCGUAUUUCUCUCCCUCUCAAUCGUUUUUUUUUUUUUUAUAUAUAUACAUAUUUUCACCAUUGCCACUAUGGAUACAAGUAUACAUAAAUUAUCAGGAAGUUUGCACUGUUUAACUGUAGAGUUAGUUUAUUUAACAAGAUUUGUAAUCUCACAAAACAAACAAACUGGUGAACUUUAAAAUAUUAUACAACCAUUUAAAUCUGAACCAAAAAUAUUGUAUAUCACUGGAGACGCAGUACAUUGGUAAGAAUCCUCUUCACUCCAUGUUGUCUUACCCACCCUGCAACACACUAGCCCAUUUUUUAUUGUUACACUCAAAUACCAGUAUUUAUGUAUGUGUUUCAAAUCAAAUGGAAACUAUUUCUAAAAUAAGAGACUUUAUUUUUCUGAUCAGUUUCCUAAAAUAUGUUCUAUUUUCAUUUAAAUGCCAUUUAGCACGGAUUGGGUGUGGGGGGCGGGACACACAAGAUUUACAAGGUUCAGCUGAAGCUUAAUAUUGAACGGCAUAUAGAUCACUUAUAGAUCACAUGAUGUGUGGUUAAGUUUAAAGCUUACGGCAGAAAAAAGCUUGCAAUGUUAUUUUUACAUUGUCCUACAUUAUUUAAAGUGUUUCUCUGUAAACAUAAGAUUAGUGUUAAUGUACAGAACAUUUUCUAUGAAUUGGCUUUAAAUUAAACACUCAAAAAUUCUUUUAAUAACUUAAAGCCGAGCAUAUUCAUUGUAAUUAACAAAAUAAAAUCCCUUGUGAAAUUUUGUAUAUUAUGGUAAAGAUAUAUUUUAUCGGUAGAUUUGGAGUGACGAUUCUAUAAAUCCAAUGAUAUUUUGAGUAUCACACGGACACAUCAGCAUUAGUAUUCUGCUUAGGUAUAAAAGCAAUAUGGCAUGUAUAUUUCUCCAUCUAGAAUCUGUGCAGUCAAAAAUAUCUAACCGCCAUAUAAUGCCGUUACAAUGCCAGCUUGAACACCUGUGCUGAUUUUGUUUUUGCUUAAGAGAAAAAAAAGUUAUGAGAAUUGGAGUGGUAAAGGCCAACUUCUGCAUAAUUCUCCUUUUUCCUUGUGAUGGACCAAAAUAAAUGGUACAUAACUAACCUGUUCAAUGCUUGGGAAUUAUUACUAAAGCAUGUUGCUCACCUUUAUGUUAAUUGAGUAAAUAGUAGUCUGUAUAUUACACACGGCUUUAUACUUUCCCAUGGAUACAUUUUAUAAAACUGCAAUAUUUCUAUCAACGGAUCCCCGAACACUAGCGCAAAUACAGCAGGGACUGUAGCAAGCAAACUGAUGGUGACAAUUUUUCAUACGGUUUCAUCCUGGUGUCUGUAUUAAGCAAUGAUUGAGAGGAUGUGGAAAUCUAAGCCUGUAAUUACUUUUUAUUUAUGUGUGAAAAGGCCAUUGUGCUAGUUUAUUUUUUCUCUCACGUGUAAAUAUGUUGUUUAUAUAGUAUGUAUUAAAUUUUUCCUACAUUGUAAAACUGCUGUACUUUUCAUUCUUGUAUAUUAAAAUGUGACAGAAAAGUUUCACAA